CAGAUACAACAUGUCAUUGGUUGCAUAUUGCCUCAUUCGUUGUAGAAAGAUAAGCACGUCUGGUACUGCUUCAAGGAGGGAGCAAAACUGGAAGAAUAUCAGUAAGUAAUUAACAGCCAUAACUAUUUGAACAUGGUAUCUAAUUAAUUAAUAUUCGUGUACACCCAACUUAAAAAAUUGGGUUUUUAAUAUUAUUCUUUCUUAUGCCUAUAGUUAACGAAAAGAGGAGAAAUUAAACAAUGUUUCUGUGUCUCCUUUUCUUUUGUAAUGUUUGCUCUUGCUUUAUGUUAUCUGAAUUGGAUUUUCAUGUCAUUUUCUAAAUCUUUAAAAUAAAUAUAAACUCAGAAAACUGUAAUAUUCAUGAAAUUUCACAAAAAGUACAAAUGACUCAUGAUCAUAUUAAAUGCAUGCUUACUAAUGCAAGGAGCCUAUAUAACAAAAUGGGGGAACUAGAGUCAAUAGCAUACACUAAACAAUAUGAUAUAAUAGGCAUAGCAGAAACAUGGUGGGAUGAGACACAUGACUGGGCAGUUAACUUAAAUGGGUACACAUUAUUUAGGAAGGAUAGGAAAAACAAGAAGGGUGGUGGGUAUGUUGGUAUGUCAACCAUGAGUUAAAGUCAAAUCUUAGGCAUGUGGAGUGUGCCGACAAAAAUGUGGAAGCUUUAUGGGUUGAUAUCUGCUUGGGGAAAACGAAGGGAAAUCAAUUAUUGGUUGGGAUAUGAUAUAAACCACCUAAUGUAAAUAUUAAUGCGGAAAAACAGCUGUUAGAGCAAAUUGUGAAAGCUGCAAAUCGGAGUAACACGUUAAUUAUUGGAGUUUUUUAUUACCUGGACAUAAAUUGGGAUAGAGUGACUAGUACUUCAGCAAGGGGAAUCAGGUUUUUGAAUGUGUUAAAUGACACCUUAAUUUUACAACUGGUACAAGCACCAACUAGAAAGGAUGCUUGUCUGGAUCUCAUUAUAACAAACAAUGUUGAUCUUUUGAUCAACAUUCAAGUAGGGAAGCAUUUGGGAAAUAGUAAUCACAAUAUGGUAAUUUUUUAAAAUAAACUCAAAAAAGCAAAAGUACGUGGGAUAUACUAAAACAUAUAAUAAAAAAAAAAAAAAAGUAAAUUUCAAUAAGAUUUGGGCAGCUCUACAACAUAUCGACUAGCAUAAACUCCUUAGUGAAAAAAACACUGAGGAUAAAUGGAAACUAUUCAAACAAAUAUUAGAAAGGAGCAGUUCUCAGUAUGUACCAUGGGGUAAUACAUGUAAAAGAAACAAACUGAAACCAAUGUGGCUUAGUAGAGAAGUAAAACAAGACAUUAAAAAUAAGAAAAUGGCAUUUAAAGUAUGUAAAUCGGACAAAUCAGAGGCAUCCUAUAUAAGAUAUAAGGAAGCCAAUAAUGCUUGCAAAAAGGCUAUUAAACUGGCUAAACUAGAAAAUUAGAAAUUGAUAGCCAAAGAAUGCAAAACCAACCCCAAAUUUUUUUAAGUACAUCAAUUAUAAAAAAUGUUAAAAUUAAAGUGUUUGUAAACUGGAAACAAAGAUGGGUCUGUUAGCUAAUGAAGAUCAUGAAAAGGCAGAAAUUUUAAAUAACUAUUUUUCUCCAGUAUAUAUUAAUGAGGAUCCUAUGGCAAGAGAUAUGGAAAUUAUUGCUGCAAAAAAACUUGCAGAUAACUUGUGAUUGGAUGACUUGAGACAAGUUGCUACAGCAGUUAAAGAAAAUUAAUGUAAUUAAAGCUCCGGGGCCUGACCGUAUUCACCCACGAGCCAAGUGGGGAAAUAAGUGAACCUCUGUAUUUAAUUUUUCAAGAUUCUUUUGUUUCAGGCAUUGUACCGGAGGAUUGGAGGAAGGCAGAUGUUCCUAUAUUUAAAAAGGGUUCAAAAUCCUUGCCUGGAAAUUAUAGACAUGUGAGCUUAACUUCUGUGACUGGGAAAAUAUUUGAAGGGCUACUAAGGGAUAAUAUUCAGGAAUUCAUUGGGAAGAACUUUGUUAUUAGCAAUAAUCAGCAUGGUUUUAUGAAACAUAGGUCAUGUCAAACUAACCUAAUUGCAUUCUAUGAAGAAGUAAGUAGAAGUAUAGAUCAGGGUGUUGCAAUGGAUGUGAUCUACUUGGAUUUUGCCAAGGCAUUUGAUACGAGUCCUCACAAUAGGUUAGUCUUCAAACUAAAAGAAAUUGGUCUAAAUGAAUAUUCAUGUUCUUGGGUAGAACAUUGGCUUUGAGGAUAGAGUACGACGAGUUGUCAUUAAUGGUAAAUUUUCAGGCUUGGCAAAAGGGGUAAGUGGUGUCCCCCAGGGUUCGGUUUUGGGACCGCUUCUAUUUAACAUAUUUAUAAAUGAUCUUGAAAUAGGCAUUGAAAGCCAUGUUUCAGUGUUUGCAGAUGACACAAAACUUUGUAAAGUAAUCAAAUGUGAGCAGGAUAUUGCUUUGCUGCAGAGGGAUUUGGAUAAAUUGGGGUACUGAGCACUAAAAUGGCAGAUUAAAUUUAAGUUAUGCACUUCGGGGUCAAGCAUGCACAAGCAACUUACACCCUAAAUGGUAGUGAAUUAGGGAUAACCACACAUGAGAAGGAUUUGGGAAUUGUUAUAGAAUACAAAUUAGGCAGCAAUAUGCAAUGUCAAUCUGCAGUUGCUAAGGUCAGUAAAGUUUUGUCAUGUAUAAAUAGGGGCAUAAAUUCUCGUAAUGAAAAUAUAAUUUUGCCUCUUUAUAAAUCACUGGUAAGACCACACCUUGAAUAUGCUGUGUAAUUUGGGCACCUGUUCUAAAAAAAGAUGUCAUGGCACUAGAAAAAGUGCAGAGACGAGCUACAAAAUUGAUAAAAGGAAUGAAGCAGUUUAGUUAGGAAGAAAGGUUAAAAAAUUCAAUUCUCUUUAGUUUUGAAAAAGAGCGGGAAAUGCUAACAUUAUUCAAAUAUAUUCAGGGCCAGCACCAACCAUUAUCCGGAAAUCUAUUCAUAAACAGAGUCAUACAUAGGACACAAGGUCCUAUGCGUGCAUUUAGGCUGGAAGAAAGGAGAUUUCAUCUAAGGCAAAGAAAAGGUUUUUUUUACAGUAAGAGCAAUAAGGAUAUGGAAUUAUCUGCCUGAAGAGGUGGUUUUAUCAGAGUCCAUACAGAUGUUUAAACUGCAAUUGGAUAAAUACUUGCAAAAACAUAACAUACAGGGAUAUAAUUUCUAAUUAGUGUCGUAAUAGCUGCUUGAUCCAAAGAGACAUCUUACUGCUAUUUUGGGGUUAAGAAGGAAUUUUGUCACAAAAUUGGAAGUGCUUUAGACUAGGUUUUUUGCCUUCUUUUUGAUCAACAGCAAAAACAUAUGUGAGGAAGGCUGAACUUGAUAGACGCAAGUCUCUUUUUCAGCUAUGUAACUAUGUAAAACUGAGCAUCUCAUGAUAAAAGGUUAAAAAAUGCUAUAGGGUCAGGAACAAAAACAUUUAUUUCUGACUCUAUAGUGUUAAAAACACUAUCUAGCCCCCCUCCACCCACCCCCUAAACAUAGUAAAAUCUUCCCUUUAUUCCAGUCUGCUGGUGCUGGUGCUGGUGCUGGUGCUGGUGCUGGCUACAAUUCUCUCACACUCCCAGACUCAAUUGUAAAGGAGGUGGUGUAGGCAUCUCUCAAUGUACCUUCUAAACCAAUCAUAACUCCACCUGCCCUAUCCUUUUCUUCUUUUGAAGUUCACACUGUCCGCCUAUUUAAACCCACUCCUUUAACAAUUGCUAUAAGCUAUUUUUUGCGCCAAACUGUUUCUGGAUAUGCAUGGCCACUUUUGUUAAACUUUAUUAGCUUGUCCUGCAAUUUUGGCCUAAAUGUUUUUCAUUAUUUUGCACUUGCCUUCCAUUUGGACUUGUAUAGUGUGAUAUUCUCCCCCUGUUACUCUUCCCCCGAAUUAACCCUGUAUUUUCUGCUUUAUUAGCCUGUUUUCUGUUGCUGGCACCUUUUCUUUCCUAUGCUUUACUCUGGUCUCGGCGAUUGCGGCAUUUUACCGCGGGCACGCUUUUUAUUCAUUGGUGCUGGGACUUCAGGGCAGGUCUCAGGGGGUUGUGGGUGUCAGGGGGACUCUAUUCCAGGCCGUAUCCUCAAUCGCGGGCCACACUGCACUUUUGCGUGCAAACGGCGGCCAUCUUGAAUCUCGCAAGAUUCCUGUUGGCCAUGUCGUUUGGCCAGUUCGUGAUUCCCACGAACUGGCAGCUAGUUCUGUACUGUUUCAUAUAUUUUUCCUGUGAAAUAAAAGUUUUAAAAGUACUUUUGAGCUCAACACGGUUACAUAUCAUGGGCAUGUGGAAUAAAGGUUUUAUAUGUACCUUUUCUGGAAGAUUAUGAAUGGACUGUUCACUGCUGAGCUCUAUACUGUCAUAUUUCAUUGGCAUGUGAAAUAAAGGUUUUAUAUGUAACUCUGCAUGAAUAUGUAGGACUGAUCCCUGCUGUGUGCAUAUAGUGGAUGCAGUACUCAUGUCUGCUGGCAGUUUGCUCUAUUCUGUUCUAUACAAUUGACAUGUUGAAUAACAGUUUUAUUGUACAUCUGGAGGAUUAUGAAUGGACUGUUCCCUGCUGUGGGCAUAUAGUGGAUGCAGUACUCAUAUCUGCUGGCAGUUUGCUCUAUUCUGUUCUAUACAAUUGACAUGUUGAAUAACAGUUUUAUUGUACAUCUGGAGGAUUAUGAAUGGACUGUCCCCUGCUGUGGGCAUAUAGUGGAUGCAUUACUCUAUCUGCUGGCAGGGAAAUUAAAUAGAGCUGAUAACUUACUCAGCUCCCUACUCCCACUGGACCUCACAACCAUUGGAUACACUCUUUCCCACAGGGAUACACCUCCCAGGACACAGUAGUGCAGGCACAUAACGGAGACCCCCCUUUUCACUGGGUGACCCCCAAGCAUAGCAGACACCUCUCCAAGUGACAGUGUGGUACAGGGGUGACCCCCCUUACGCUGGGUGACCCUCUAGCGAAUCUGGUUCCUGUGCUUGUGACAUACAUAUACUGGGGUGAUCCCCCUAUGCUGGGUGAACCCCAAGCGAAUAUUAUUCCGGUACUAGUGACAUACAUAUACUGGGAGGAACCCCCACGCCCUAGGACGGGCUCAUAUCCACGAGUACGAUAUGUUACUGUAUGCACAGACCGGGUCACACUGGAUACAUGUAUAUCGACAGAGCCAGGAAGGAGAGCUCACGGUGCUGCCACUUCUCCGCAGUACUAUAUCCUAUAAGGGUGACCCCUUGGAUAAUUCGGAGGCUACCAUACCUCUCCAUACACGGGCUACGUCCCGACAUUAUUGACCGCUCAUCCCGGUCUUAUUGAGGGUAACCCCCUCCUCAGACCACUCCCAGGAAAUCUCUAAGUGGUACUGAUUGAAACAAUUCUGGGUGACCCCCAGUCGUACAUGGAGGCCCACUAAGUGGCAAUAAGUGUACUACCAUACCUGACACCUGUUCGGUACCCCAUAGAGUGUCCCAACAUGCCAUAAGAGACAUUCAUACAGGGGUGACCACCCUACGCUGGGUGACCCCCAAGUGAGUCUUACUCCGGUGCUAGUGGCAUAGGUACAAAGGGGUAACCCCCCUGCCGGAUGGGGUGACUCCCCGCGUCCUUUCUAGGGCUUCUACCUUCAGAGUACGCUCUGUCAUUGUAUGCACAGACCAGGGCACACUAGAUGCAUGUAUUUCGACACCUCUAUGUUUCAACUGGGGUUCUGUACGCCCUUCCUUUAACCGAGAAGGAGAACUCACAGUGCUGCCAAAACUCCACAAUUCUAGACCAUAUAAGGAAGAACCCCGUGGACUAUAUAUAUUGAGGCUUUCAUGUCUCACAGACUCGGGCUGCGUCCCGACAUUGCAGACCGCUCAUCCCGGUCUUACUGAGGUUGUCCUCAUUCUCAGACCACUCCCCGGAUCCUGCGAAAGUGAUACUGAUUGAUCAAAAUUCUGGGUGACCCCAGUUAUUUGCGGAGGCCCACUGAGUGGCAAUAAGUGUACUGUUGUACGAUCCUGUCUCCCACAGAUCGAAAGGGUGUAAACCAACAUGUCGGACUUCCCUCAAUAUCCCAACUUAUUUUCAGGCUAGGAUUAAGUCUGCCAUGGCAGCUUCGGGGGAAGAAGUCCUCUCCAUCCGACAGAGCGGGUGCAACGGCACCAACACCAAUGGAAGAUUGAGAUACCGACAACGUUAGGUCGGACACCCAUCAUCAGGGGACGAGGACUUCAUCCCCCCCUUCUCUGGAGAUCAUGAAAGAAUGGAGGGCAGAAGAGUCUCCAUCUGAAGAGGUAAAAGUGACAAGACCUGCCUAGCAAGAAAGGUUUUUCUUUGGCACACUGGACACUCCUGUUUUGACUCAUGCACCAUCCGACACCCAGGGUCAUCCGAAUGGGGUUAACCGGAGCACCGGGCACACUUUGCCCACUUCUGGCUCAGGAGGCCUAUGGGAAAAGAAAUCCAAGACAAGCUCAGGAUGGAAUGCCCACGCCCUCUAUGUCCGAACAAGAUAGUCCUCACCAUGGAGCUUGUGGUGAUAUGUAUGUCCCGAUCAGGCCGGGGUCCAUGUAAAGGUGUAGGAGGAGGACUCAAAACGAGUUAAGAUGAAAUACUGGACAUGAUCAGCCCGGGAAAAAAUGCUAUACUUUGCGGACCUGACCCCACCCAAGACUCAUCUCUAGAAGCUCACGAUGUGAGGGAAUGGGUGCAAAGGGCAAUAUGUAGGUUGGGGAACACAAGGCAGACAGGUACACAGAACGGCACAAAGCAGCCCGAUUAAAGAUGGAUUUCAAACUAUUGAAGUUAGGGACGAAAGAGCGAGGACCUCAGGUGGACGGACUAUCGUUUGGAGAACCAUUUAUCUCAGCAACGAUUUGGUAGUAAGGAAGAAGAUAGGAGACUAUCGUCCAGUCAUCAACCUACGCCAACCCAAUGGUUUUGGGGCGUACCGACAACUCAAGAAGGAAGGUAUCCAUCUCUUAGGGGAUCUACAAGGUUGGGCUUGAAGGGCACUUACCUACAGAUUCACAUGGUGCCUCAUGAAGUUUCUGAAGUCAGUCACGGCACACUGAAAAGCAAAGGGUAUCCGGUGUUGCAUACCUAGACGACUUACCUUUUGCAAAUCCAAUUCAUGACUACGUUUACAAACGAGAUUUCUGUUUACAGUUUAGGGAAUUGUUGGAAUUCAUAGUGAACAGAGAGGAGUCGGUUUGAUCCCAGUUCCGAGUGAUUCACUUCAUCUACUUCGGAAUAGAUUCCACCUUGGGCGGAUUACACCUUCCCACAUCAUUGAUAGCGCCGAUUUGGAAGGAAAUUCGACGGGUACGGCGGAAAGGCACCAUAACCCUUUGACUAUUUCCCAGGACCGCUUCACUACCGGGCCAGACAGUGGCUGAAAGCUCACUGCCUGAGAUCCGGACACACCUAUGAAAUUGGGAUCAGAAUAGCGAAAACUUUGAUAGUACUCAUUACCGCGGUACAGGAGUCAAGCGUGACACCCAGAAGGGUUGUCCUUAAUCGGGAUCAUCCUCUGCUCCUUCAGUUUUAACUUGCCUUCGGGCAGAUCCAAAAGGAAAACAUCAUCCAUUGAUAAUGCAGGAGCAUCUGGAGUUGGUAGAUUGGUGUCUUUCAGGGGAGACUGGUAUGUCAAGUGACUAUCGCAACCAACUAGAGACCUAUUAUGGGAAUCAUGAACACCAGGUAUUCCACGAAAUAACUUAUCUGCAUUGAACACCUGGAGUUUGCUGGUGUAUGGGAAGGGACUGCAAUCCCUUUGUUACCCCUAUCUCCUCGAUGCUGGAUCUUUAUCAGACCUUUUCUCUACUGGCCGAUCGAAACGUUCCAUUAACGGGCUACGUUCCGCGAUUUCGACGUCUCAUAGCAUGAUUCACGACUCUCCAGUCGAUCAGGAGCCUUUGAUAUGCCGCUUUCUGCAGGGUAUCAAACUAUCCAGAACAAUGCGUCAAAGUAUCACUGGUUUGGGACUUUGAUUUGGUUCUUUUGGAGCUAGUCAGAUAUCACGGUCCUAUCCCACCGUCAGCCAUUAGCCUUGAGUCAGGUUACUUUUAGGUCUUUUCGUCGGGUAUCAGAUGUACUGGAGUUCGACGUAGACGGUCUUUUCGGUAUCACCGGAAGGAAUGAUUUCUACAGUGUCUCGUAGAACUAUAUCUUAUCCACGUCCGUAUCGUUCCCUGCUACCAACGGUCUUUGUGCAGUUAAAGCGGUACUUUGUUACAUGGAGAUCACGACAACACUUAGAAUGUCACAUUCAGGACAUCUGCUGGUCUUAUACCAACCAUACAAGCCAGUUACCAGGAACACUCUGUCUAGAUGGGUUCAUUGGUUGUUAUCGCUAGCGAGGGUGGAGACGUGUUUGGGUACUCAUUCGGUAAGAGGCGCGGCUGCUUCUCAGGCCUUCACGAGGGGGCCUCUAUAUUUUACAGCAACGAAUUGGACACUACUUCCGUAUAUUUAUUUUUGUCAACCACACACGCAUCCUUCUCGCUCAUACCACAGCUUUAAAAAUGCAAAAUAUGAAGCCUCCUGUCAUGUGAUAAAAUUGUAGAUUAUGCUAACGUAGUGUACCUAUAAUCUUAAUUUUAAUAAUGACAGGAGGGGAGUAUUUUCCCUCCCUGUUUCCCUCCCUAUACUCUGGAAAAAUUUUAUAUUUUGGUUUGUCAUUUUCUCAGUGUAAAUUAUAAGGUUUUGGUAAUUCAGUAUAUUUAUGGGUUGCUUAUUUGGUUGACAUGUGUUAGAUCCGUGUUGAUUAUUAAGUAUGCUAUGGUUGUUUAAUGUUUCAGUAUAUUAACGUAAUAUAAAUAUAGAUACAUAUAAUACUGGAUUUAAUGUGGACAACAUCACCUUUCACGCAUUUCUGUUCUUUUCAGCGUAAUCAUCAUAGAUGGAUUUGAUAAGAUAAAGCUGGAAGGUUUCAAGUUUCGUUUCAAGUUAUGUGCUACAUGUUACUCAGGACUGUUAUUUGAAUUCCCUGACGCUAUAAUAGACUGUUUUUCACAUCAAAGAAAGAGGAAGUCAUAUGUCUGUCAGGGCUUUAUAUAUGGAUGUGAUGCCUGUUACCGAUUGGUUUAAAGUUUAUUGAUUGACUUGUGCUGCUGGAGGCAUAAAGUAAAGAAAGUUAUGCAAAAUACUCGCCUCCUGUCAUUAUUAAAAUUAAGAUUAUAGGUACACUACAUUAGCAUAAUCUACAAUUCUGGUUCUUGGUUUCAAAUCUCUACAUAAUGCUGUCACCUAUAGAUGUCCCGUCUAGGCCCUUACGCUCUGCUGAAGACUUAUGUCUAUCUUCUGUUCGUACUGCCACCUCUGAUGCUCGCCUUCAAAACUUCUUGAGGGCUGCACCGUUCCUGUGGAACUCACUUCCCUCCUCCAUUAGAUGCUCACCCAGUCUCCACUCCUUCAACAAAUCAUUAAACACCCAUAUUCUUCAUAAAAGCGUAUUAAUUAAACUGUUAAUAGCUCCCAACUGAUUCCUCUCUUGCAACUGUCAUUAGUCUAAUACUAUCCUCACCUUUUGUGCCACUUUACCCCACUCCCUCUAGCAUGUAAGCCCUCAACCCCCCUUUUCCUCUGUGUUGCAAAGCCCCCUCUGUCUGCUACAUUUUUUCCACUUUGUUGUUAAAACUCACGAACACGGUAUCAGGUCAUUUGUCUGUACGAAUGAUUGACCACCCGGCUCUCGGCGUGUGCCGCCAAUUAACCCCGUUCACCGCUACUGUGCCGAACGGAAUACCGUAUCAACUGUCGAACGAUCGACCACCCUACCUGAGGAGUGUGCCCACCUUGGAGUUGUGGUUUUGUGGUUAACCGAAGUCUAAUUUACAGUCGACAGGGUGGUCGUCGUUUGUAUGCAUGAACACGUGGCGGUGGCGCACGAAAUGCCGAAUGAACUGUCGAACUAUCGACCACCCUACCUGAGGAAUGUGCCCCUUAUUAACCACCUAGGAGUUGCGGUUUUGUUGUUAACCGCAGUCUUAUUUACAGUAUACACUAACAUGUGGUGGCGGCCAUCUUUAACUGCCGAGCGCCCAGCGGGACUUGGUCGUCGACCGCCUGGUACCAUUUUUGGCUACUGUUUCAUAUGUUCCCCGCUGGGAUCCUCCGUGUCCCGCGCGUUCGUGCAUAAAAUGCUGAAUACCCUGAAGUUCGGUAUUUUAAGACUAAGAAGGAGACACCGACUCCAUGUAGGACACUAUGACCGAGGAGUUCUGGGUUGUUAAUUGCCAAACAGCCCUUGAGACAAUUUUAUCCUCAUUGCAUUCCCAUACCAUUCGUGAGAUCUGAGCGCUUUUCGGAUAACUUGUUCGCUCAGAUCCAAGCUGUCUGGGGAUAUGUUGAAUGUGUACAUUAGAGAAUAUGAUGUCUGAGUUAUGUAUUUUUAUGCAGUUUUCAUGUAUCUGUAACAGAAUAUCGCCUGUACCUGGAGAUAAUUAGUUAUUGUAACCGUUGGUUACAAUAACUAAUUAUCUCCAGGAUAGAGGGGAGGGUUUGAAAAGAUGCACUUUGUCCCAAUUGGUUGCUGUCAUUUGUCACCCUGUGUACACUGAAAAUGUAUAUUUAAGCAGUGCAUUGCCAAACUCACAGCCUCGACUCGUGUUGUAGGGAAAUGCUGAAUACUAGCUUCACCUAUAGCUUGUCGGAUAUUCUACACUUACAGGAUUAUCGCUGUACGCUGUUUUGUAUUUUACUACCGCUCUCCAGGAUUUGAACAAGGACAUCCAAAGCGGUCCAGCCCUCAGCUAGCCUGGGGCAAACGUAACACUCUGUGUUCAACUUGUCUGGUUACAACUACAUGUCUGUUCAUCCACCCACUUCAAAGUGCUGAGGGAUUUGUUGGCGCUAUAUAAAUAAUAUAAAUAAUAACAUAAUAAUAAUAAUAAUAAAUGAAGUUCAACAGCACUCAGGAUACUGUGCUUGUGGUUUAUUUUGAUGUCUCCAGAUCCCCUCAAUAGCAUUAUUUUUCCAUAAUACAGAGUUCAAUUUUUCUCGUUCUCUCACAACUAGCACCCUCAACUACAUAGAAUCUACAAAACACAGUGGUGGUAUUAACACAAGCAAAUAUACUAUGUACAAACACAAUAUUAUGUAAUGCACACAACAGACACAUUUUUCAUGUACAUACUGAUGGCACAGAAUUUAUAAUUGCAUUUUAGUUUGGUUAAAACAUAUAAAAUAUUUGACUUAUUAAUCAAUAAACUUUGUUUUCUUUUGUCUCUUACAAAAAAAAAAGUGGGACGUACACAUAUUUUUACAUUAGUGCGCAGAUGGUGUUGUACAACAAUUUGCUUACAAAACUGCACUCAAUGUCAAUUGAUGAACAGUGCAUUUAUAGGAACCAUUAUGAUCUCAAAAAGCAUUAUCAAAACAGGAUACAUUUGCACUAUGUGCUUCAUAGAUGCACAUGUUGACAUAUUGUUUAAAGUGUUUAUGCUAUUGCAAACAUAAAAUUAAACCACUUUCAGUAUCCCAAAUAACCAAAGUGAUAUGAUAGCAUUGAACUUGAAUGAUUUAUGGUGACAUAUUUUCUAUAUAGACAUUUGACUUAAACUAAUAAUUUUUGCACAAAAGCAAUUAUCAAUGUCGGUGUUCUCUAUGAAGCAAACCUAGGCCUUGAUUCAAUAUUUUUUGAUUAACUUUUUUUCAAAUGAUUUAAUAUUUUUGGACAAACCUUUAAAAUAUAUAUUUUGUAGCGUCGGAACUGCCGCCAGUGCUGUUGCACCGGGGCCCGCACGCUGAUGUGGUCGAUUGGGACCCAAGCAUUUAGGGCCACCCGAUGGGCCCUAUAUCUUCAGGGACCCGGUCAGCGCUGUGGCCGUGUAGUAGCGCGACCGGGCCCCUUUAAAAAAAAAAAAUUGCAGCCGCAACGCAAGUGCUGGGAGGAAGUGGUCACUUCCUCCCAACUCACUCCACGCAGGAGGAGAGCCAGCCAGGCAUCCUGCAAAGAAAAGGUAAGAAACAGGAGGGUGGCUGGAAAAUGAGCUCUGUAUGUGUAUGUAUAAAUGUAUGCCUGUCAUUAUGAAUGUAUGUCUGUGUGUAUGUAUGGAUGUCAGUGUCAGUAUGUAUGAAUGUAUGUCUGUGUGUGUAUGUAUGUAUGUCAGUAUGUAUGUCUGUAUGUCUGUCUGUAUGUAUGUAUGUAUGUCUGCGUGUCAUUAUGAAUGUAUGUCUGUGUAUGUGUGUGUGUGUAUGUAUGUGUGUAUGGUUGUAAGUGUCUGUAUGCAUGUAUGUCAGUACGCAUGUAUGUCUGUAUGUAUGUCUGUAUGUAUGUAUAUAUGUAUAUAUGCCAGUAUGAAUGUAUGUCAUUAUGAAUGUGUGUAUGGAUGUCAGUGUCUGUAUGCAUGUAUGUAUGUCAGUGUCUGUAUGUAUGUAUGUAUGUCAGUGUCUGUAUGUAUGUAUGUAUGUGUCUAUAUGUCCUUAUGCAUGUGUGUCUGUAUGUAUGUUAGUAUGUGUCUGUCUGUCACUAUGUAUGCCUGUGUAUCAGUAUGUGUGUGUCAGUAUGUAUGCCUAUAUGCGUGCAUGUCUGUUUCAGUAUGUGUGUCUGUUAGUAUGUAUCUGUGUCCUUUUGUAUCAGUGUUUGUGUGUUUGUGUCUGUGUGUGUAUUCCUGUGGGCGGGAUUUGGAGGCAGUCCCUGUGGGCGGGCUUGGAGGCGGUCUCCCGGGGGCCAAGACCCUGAGCUGAGUUACGGGCCCCAAAAUGUCUGGUGGCGGCCCUGUGAAUGUGUGAGCCUGUCAGAGUGAGUGUGUAUGUGUGAGCCUGUUAGUGAGUGUGUGUGUGUAUGAGCCUGUCAGAGUGUGUGUGUGUGUGUGUGCGUUUAGGUACCUGCCCCCUCCUAUCGCAUGAGGAAGGUGUUUUUACUCACCUUUUUUUCCCCAGGCCGUGCCACAUUUGCCUUGGCUGGUACCACCUCAAUGGCUGAAAUUAUCAAUCUUUAUGAUCCCAGCUAACCCAGUUGUAGCGGUUACCCCAGGUAGUAGAGGGGUUUCCACCGCUGGAGGGUGUCCUUCUCCCGAUGAGUGAGGGGUAUUCUCAGCAUCCAGUCUUCAUCCAGUAUGAUUAGCUGUAUAGCUGGUUACCCCAAUAAGAGACAGGACUCUAGAUUGAGGGUGAAGAAGAACUGACUCCAAUGAUUGUUUAUUCCUGCUUAUAUACAAGUUUCCCAGCAAGGUUACCACCCACGUGGAUCUUGUGGGGCACUGGAACUGUAAAUUUAGCAACCAAUAACAUAAAGGCACAUGGAUAAUCACACCCGCUUUUUACACUAAGAAUCCUACCCUCUGCUUGAGAGAUAAUUGAGUUAAUUACUGUAUCAACUCAAUUAUCUCCAACCUAAGAAACAUACUUUUAUGCCAUUUUUGUAAUUUUGUGAGUUUACAUGCAAUAUUCAUAAAACAUAUAUUUUUAUAACCAGUAUAAUUUGGGGACAAACAUAUUCAAAAUUCACUUUAAUCGGUUCAGUGGUUCGGGAGAUAGGUUAAAGUCCUUCUGACCGACCGCACGCAGAUUUUCCUGCCCAAAACAGUUCCACGAAUUCAGGCUGUGCGGUCGGUGUAACCCUUCAUUCAUAUUUAGUUCAAAUUGCACGAACGGAGCAAUUUGUGCUUAAUGUCAGUGGAUGCGGCUAGUUCAACAGUUUGUUCCAUAGAAAUAGCGCUCUGUUCGUAUGGGUUUAGCCGAACGCACAGAAAGUAGAAGUUUCAGCUGUGUUUGUGUGAAAAGUAGCCGAAUAUAGUUCCACACAUUCGACAGGGAGGCAGGGAGGUUAACGAGGACCACACUUCUGUCCUGGGUGGUUGGUCAUUCAGUAGAAAAUUCGUAAUCCGAACGGCUUGUAAUAUAACAGCAGGCUAGGUGAAUUAAGACGAAUGAUUUUAAAAAUCCGUACAGGGGUUUUGUUACACCAAUGCUUUACCUCAGGAAAGCAUUGGGAGGAUUUUGUGCAUAUGCAGCAAAUGUACCAAUCUGCAUCUCUUCAUAGGGAUGCAUUGAAUUAAUUAAUCUCUAUGAGGAACAUUCAGCGCCUGCAUGCAGAGCUUGGAGACCCUGAAUGUCGGUGCUGCACAUGGUGCAGCAGUGACCCAGGACUCUUUAGUGGCCGUCUGAGUGACUCACUAGAUAUGUCACUAAGCAGCGAUGUAAACACUGACUUUUUUUCUGCAUAGUAUAUAGAUCACCAGAACAACUACAUUAAGCUGUGGUGGUUCUGGUGACUCUAGUGUCUCUUUGAGAAUGGCAUUUUUCUCGUUGAACUUUUUUAGCUGGCUACUAGAUUCCAAACAAAUUUGUCAAACCCUGCAUUAAAUGGAUUCUAUAGUGCCAGGAAAACGGCUUUGUAUAGGUAUAGGUUCCUACAAUGGCCACUCCCUUGACCACCCCUCCUCGCGCGCACUUACCUGAAUCUAGUGCCGAUGUCCCUCGAUGUUGGGUCAAGCUCCGCUCACGCUCCAAUGGCCGAGCUCGCAUUAGGCUUUCCCCAUUGGAAUGCAUUUAUAAAUGCUUUCCUAUGGCGAUUCCGGUGACGCUGGACAUGCUCAUGCAUAGCAUAGCAUGAGAAUGUCCAGCGUCAUUUAGGCAACCAAAUGUCGUCUAAGCACCCGGAAGUCACUCUAGUGACUGCCUGGUAGACAGACACUAGAAGAAGAGUUAACUCUCUUCUCAGUUUCUCAGAAAUUGCAAUAAUUACCACUGUAGGCAUAAGUGACAUGGGACAUUGCACCCAGACCACUUCAAUGAGCUGAAGUGGUCUGGGUGUAUACAAUGUCCCUUUAAAUUCCAGGACUCAUUUUUAAUGAAUAUUUUCUGAAAUAUGCAGCAUCCAAGCACCCUCAUUAUAUACUCUUUGUUUCCAAAAGUUUCUCAUUGUAAGGAAGAGCUGGAUUGUUUGCCAAAUCUGAACUGGGUUUGAAUAUUUAUUUUCUGAGGAUAUAGAAUUAAAAACAAGAUCUAAUUUUAACCUGUCAAGGAGGUGGACAUGCUAAUCUCUGAAGUCACUAUUCUCGUCAAGUACAGGAGCUUUCUAAUAACCAGAAGAAAGAUCACCUUCCAGGUGUCACGAUCUAUUACCUUUCUCCAUCGCGCCAAAGUGAUGCAGGAUGCGAGUCCUGCUCUUCUCCCAACGUGUACUCCUUGUGUUUAUAUUGAUAUUUCUGUGUUUUGACUCCGCUUGGCUUUAGACUUCUCUUUUUUUCUGGUUCCCUGACUCGGCUUGUAUUUUGACUUUCUCCUUUCUGGUAUCCUGACCCGGCCAUUCUCGUAUCACUCUCCUGAACUCUGGUAUCCUGACUUUUGGCUGUUCCUUGACCACUCUUUUCUACCUACAUUAAACCCGACCAUUCUGAGGUUCAGUAAUACGUUCUUGGGUUUUCUGAGGGUUUAUGUACUGCGUGUUGGGUUAUCACAUGACUGUCAGACCAGGAUACCAUUUGGCCAUUGUGGCAGGACCGCUGCCGGUCCGUGAAUUGCCUGCUUGAUAUUAUGUGUGUUUCCCCAUCUUUUCAUGUCUUCUGCCCGCUCCCCGUUCGGGAGUGCUUCCACAAAGGGAAUUUAUUCACCUCCCGAACGGGGACCACCCCGCCCCGAUACCCCAUUUAGAAUGUUGACUUAGAACCUUCACACCUCUCAACAUAGUGUCAAACCGCAAGGGUAACAAUUAAUGGGCCCUCCCCAGUGCCCAUUAAAAUGUUCACACCAAUUAAUAAGAACGUUCGCACUUGCAACAUAAGUGUGAAACCGCAAGGGAAGUGUAACGGUUCCCCUAUACUCUGGCUGAGUAUAUGUCACCAUGACUCAGCAAUAAAUGACGAAAUAUGACACAAAAUGGGGGGCGGAGCUUGCUAGCGGGACAAGACGGACGCCAUGUCUGUCAGCUCCCGAUAAUCGCUAACUUUAACGGCACAUACCGUAAACAGUAGACACCGUACACAAACACAAACAGAUACCUCACCAUCCCAUCCAGGGUGAAGCGUUGCACUGAUUGAUGCUGUUUCGGUAUCCCACAGGGCAACCCACACCGAAACGCAAGGCCGCGGCCUACCUCCAGCUGCCACGCUUCUCCCUGGAGUCACUCCUGGGCGGCCCACUGGCAUAUAGCGCACCCGGGAAUACCCGAUAUUCACACUCUCCACCUCCAGCUCCGGAGUGCACCAUGGGCCGACGGUCCCAGAAACCCGAAGGCAGGAAUAUCGGAGCUGCAAUUCGUGAAUUUUUUCGUUUCUCAAACAGUACAAAUAAAUCCCACGAGCCAAGUCUUUUAACCAGCCUUUUCUAUAGCCCAUAGUCAGUGUGCAGGACGCUAGCCUCCACACUUCUCCAGGACCCCGUUGUGAACUUCCAGGCAAGGGGGCGUUUGUCACAUAUCUCCUCCCUCCUGGGGAGACUAACCCGACCCCAGACCUGUGUUAGUCUGGUGUCUUUUCCCAUAUGGUGCAGGGCUCCAGAGUGCCUUCUGCCCCACAUUUCAGUUUUAAUAUCCAAGGUCUUCCUGGGCAGGGCACCAACUAUAAUCCACUUCUGAGGCAUCCCAUUGUUGCUGGAGGGGAAGGACGCAAUUCUCCCCUCUCAGGGAUACACAGAGCCCUGGAGGAGGGGACCCUCGCUCUGCUAAUGGGGCACAAUCAGGGUGGCUUGGGAUCAAUCAGGGUGGCCCGGAGCCUCAACCCCCUACUAGGGGGUUGAAGAUCCGGGCCGACUGCCUAGCAUUGCUGUACUCCAGGGGUAGAGACCACCAUCCCAUCCACCCCUCCCAUGCCAAAAGCAUCAGGGACUUGUGGACCGAGACCAGCGGUGCUCUGCCCUGAUGCCCGCUCUUCUGCUGGGGAGAGAGACUAACUGCCUCUACUUCCUGGAACUCCUGCUGCGGUUGGGGAUCUGGGAAGGCUGCCCAGCAUCCCUGAAGGGCUUGAGCAAAGACCUCGGUCCCAUCUGUACCAUGCGCUCCAAUUGUCCUGUCUCCUGAUAACAGGCCCUGCUGCUGGGGAGAAAAAACAGUUGUCUCCUCUCCCAUUGAACCAUACUGCCGCUGGGGAGUCGGACCGACUGUCACGACUCCCUGUAAUGCUACCUGGUGCUGGGUAGUGGGACCAACCAUCUCCACUCCCAGUGAUGCUCGCUGCUUCUGGGAUGAGGGACCUACAAUCUCAUCUACCUGUAACACUGGCUGCCACUGGGAAGUUGCCAUGGCAACGGUCCGGAUCUCACGAGAGAAACCCGGUGAAGCUGCGAGUUAUCGCUCCACCGUGUCCUCUCUCCAGGCUGGCUGUCUUCCUCCCUCUCUCCCCUUGUCUCUUCUUCCUUUAAAUCCUGCUGUCACUGGGGAGUCGGACCGACUGUGUCAACUCCCAGUAACGCUGCCUGGUGCUGGGUAGUAGGACCGACCAUCUCCACUCCCAGUUAUGCUCGCCCCUACAAUCUCCUAUCCCUGUAACGCUGCCUGUUGCUAAACCUAGUCUAUAACGUUCCGGUAUUCCUGCUCCAACUCCCACUUUAUGGUAAUCAGCUGGGUGAGGUCAUGUCCCAGCUCAAUAGCUCCUGGGAAUGGCAACAUCUUUUGCCAGUAACAAUAAAUAGCCCAGAACUGCGACUCAUCCAGACUACCACAGUCAUCGUCCUCCUCAAAGGCCUUCCACAACAGGCCAGGGCUAUCGUAGCCCUCCCCCUCUGGCUGAAUGCCCUCUGUCAACCAAGUGUCUCACUGGACUGCAUACCACCAUAGCGCCCGGUACAAGUCAUCCAGCAUCAUCUCUCUCUUGACCAGGAACUCAAGGUGCCAAACCCACUCUGUCAAGGGUUGCUCUCCCAGUAUCACCAUCCAUUGGGUCACUUGUUCCUGCCAGCGGCGCGCUGUACUUUGAAGCUUCUUUUUCCGCCGAAGCUGUGCUACCUCCAGGGACUCCUGCUAGAGUUCUCGCAUUGCAUAUUCUCUCCAGUUCAGUUCCUCUUCAUUUGAAACAGGGCCAUACUCCUGAGCCAGUGCACCUUGUAAUCUCCACCGGAACUCCUCCUUGUCACUGCUUUCCCUAGCUUGGGAUAUUAAUUUGAGAGAAAAGUCCUGCCGCUUGCCACCAAUGUAACGAAUUCCAAUCAGCCAGCUGAGUAUAUACGUUAUGAAUCUGCUGAGUCCCAAGCACAGUAGUGAUUAUAGCCCAAGUUCCCCAAACAUCAGCCUAAACUUGAUGAAGGGUAAAACAAACCUUUUUAGUCCAGGCUCAAUGGCCCACUUAUAUGCAAUACAGAGACACAGUAAACACGCCCAUGACACUUCCAUAAACACACCCCAAAAAUUUCCUCAAAAUGCAAUGUUACCGUGACUUGGCAAUAAAUGACAAAAUAUGAAAAACAAACAAAAUUAAAUUUUUUCCACCUAGGAACCCCCAUAGUUUAUACAUCCCCGGAUAGCUUGGAUCUAAGCACAAAACAUAUCCGAAAAGCGCUCAGAUCCAACGAACACCGCCGAAAGACCACCGGGUGGAAGUUCUGGUCGUAUGCCCAAAACAGUCACACAAUUAGAACUCCUGAUAAUUGAAGUGUCAGGAGAGGUUACCAAGGGUUAACAAGCCCAGAGGUGGUCCGCAGUUCGUGAGCUUGUUUGGUUCCUGAACAGUACAAAUAAAUCCCACGAAUAAAUCCCACGAACCAAGGCUUUUUACCAGCCUUUUCUAUGGCCCAUAGUCAGUGGGUAGGAGGCUAGCCUGCACACUCCUCCAGGAGCCCGUGGCGAAAGUCCAGGCAAGGGGGCGUUCGUCACAGGAAGUAAUUAAUGAAUGCUCCCCUGGUGGCCGUUUCGUACAGAUGAAUGCCAUCCAGGGAGAGCAUUCACAUCCCGAAAGGAGACACUUCACUUGCCGGGUAUCAAAAGAGACCCACCGAGCAGAGUCUGGUCGAGAAAGGUACUGCUGUGAGUGUCCCUGAGAUUGGUGUGGGCACUUCUGGGCCACUGGCUAGUUUGGUGGGACAAAGAGACCAGCUCUUUUCCUGCGGGUCUGGGAGACAAAGGGACGGGACCUUUUUCCCGCGCUUCGUCUCCCAGGUACAGAGGCUCAUGGGAUGAAGACCCCCUGUCCCCGGAUGUGGGAAACCCUGUGUUUGGGUGGUGGGCUUUUGGAAACAAACUUUUCCCUUGUUAGGUUACUGGGGAGAGGGAGGACCCUGGGAGGGGACAUUGUAUGCUGUGUGUUACUCCCCUGCCAUGGGGUUAUUCUUAAAAAGCCGUGUGUGGCCAAUAAAGUGUUGUUGUACCUCCAGAACUGAGUGUCGUCCAGUUACUGGGGGUAGGAAAUGGGUCUACUUGUCAUUUACUUGAUAUGUGACAGGCUGAAGGAAGGGAAUUAGCGGAGGUAACCAGUUGGGCUACCUGUGGUCCGCUACAACGGGCGGCGAGCGACAGGAUCAUACUUCACAGCCGAAAGGAACCAACGGUCGGUAGCCGAAUAAGUCCAGUUGACACUUCUCAGAACUUGGAUGAUAUGUACCCAUGGCUGGUAAAGUAAUUCACAUGCCUGCCUUAGAAUCAGCCCUAUCAUUGCAGAGUGAAUAUUGUGUUUUCUCCCUUCAUCAAGAGCAAGGAGCUCAGAAAUAUCAUUCUGCAUCUGUUGGAAUCCAAUCAAAUUUCCAUUUAUCUCACUGUUGCUUCUCAGGGUCUAAAGUACUGCGCCAUUUUCCUCAUUUGACUACCAACUUUCUCUUUUACAAGUAUGAGUUUGGUUUCCCUUUAUCCUGGAGUUUCCUUCACUGAUAGAGAAUUAUAUUACCAUUAAUUAUGACUUAUGCUGCUGCAUAACAGUGAGGAUCCAUUUAUGCAGUCUGUCUAUUGCCAUUCUUCUGUCCAACAGGGAUGCACAAGAAGCUGAAACUUUAACACCUCUCAUGUAGUAUUUUUCCUGGUAUAUUUUUAUUAUCCGUGCUACCAGGGAUGUCAAGAAACACAUAAAAUACUUCCGUAAGAAUUUAUUUUCCUUUACUGUCCUCUGGUAGCCCAAGGAAAGAGUUUCAGUGUUAUUGGCCAUUCUCCUGCCUAGAUAGGAGGAGCCUUUCUCUCUUUAUUAAUGCUACUGGAGGACGGUCAAGUAAAAUAAAUGCAGAGGUGAUAAUUUAGUUUUGUGUUUAUUAUUGUCUAUGUGUAUUGUGUAUCUUAAUGAAUUCUUCUUUUCUAUUCAUAGGAAAUAUUGCAAAAAUUACAGGUUCUCUGUUUUUAGGGUAAGUUAAAAUUUUUCUAUUUAGUAAACAUGCAUUUUAUUAAUUGAACUACUAGUGUAUUUCUUUAACGUUUUCCUCUCCAGAGAAAGCAACAUGUUACUCACCACUGUAGUGCUGAAAGGACAGCAAUCUAUAAAACAUUGGUCAUUUCUCAGAGUGGUACUAUUACACCGACAGGGUUAUUCACUAAAGUGAAAAUUCAGAGUGAAUUCAAAGUGAAUUUCCAAUUUAGGGCCAAAGUAGCCAACUGGAAGCACAACUGAUUAAAAAUGUGUCCAAUUUGUCUAUUUAUAGUUUGAUUUUGAAAUUCACUUUGAAUACUCACUUUUGUGAAUAAUGCUAAUAAAGCAGAGGGACACAAUACUUCACCUGAGUGAAAUAUAUAUUAAGCUAUAACACUGGGGUGUUAAUUCACUACACUAAGAAUUGUGAACAAUUAUAGAUAGAUACUGCAAAUUUUAAAACACUGUGGCCAAAGUGGAAGUUGUGUAUAUUUUCAUUAUAGUUAUGUUGGCCUAAAAAUGCAAUUACCAUUUCCAUUUCUACAAAUCCUGGCUUAGUGAAUAAAGCACUGGGUUGAACUGUGCCAGUUAUGAUUAGUUUAAUCAGCUUCAUACAAGGUUGACCCCUUUGUGUGCCAGGCUUGAAAGGCUAACAUUUGAAAGCAUUUUAUUGUUUUCCAUUAUGUGAUUGUCUGACUGACACUACUCUGCUAAAACAUAGCAUGAGUUUGUCAACAUUUCUUGCUGCAAAAUACAUCAAGCUGGGAACGCAGAAUUGCACUCUUCUGAGUGAUGGCCAUAUUUUACUAUUAACUUGAAAAAACCUCUCUCACAUGUUUUUGUAACACGCUUGUUAACAAUCUGUUUUUAAUGUGCCUUACUGUGAAUAUGCAGUGUUCGUUUCUUGCCACUUAACUGAUCUGAAGAUCUUAUAUUAUUAAUAAUAUGUCACUGUUCAUUUAGUGGUAAAAUUAAAGGGACACUAUAGUCACCCAGACCACUUCAGCUUAAUGAAGUGGUCUGGGUGCCAGGUCCCCCAGGUUUUAACCCUUUAGAUGUAAACAUAGCAGUUUCAGGUAAACUGCUAUGUUUACAUUGCAGGGUUAAUCCAGCCUCUAGUGGCUGUCUUCAUGACAACCGCUAGAGGCGCUUCUGCGACACUGGAUGCGAAAUUUGCAUCCAGCAUGCAGAACGUCCAUAGUAAAGCAUUGAGAAAUGCUUUCCUAUGGACGGUUUAAAUGCGCCCACGGCAAUUGCUGCGCAUGCGCAUUCGGCUCCACUCGGGAGCUUCAAGGGAGGGGGGUCCUGAGGGUGGGGGGGUGACCUAAGGAUGCUAUAGUGUCAGGAAAAAGAGUUUGUUUUCCUGACACUAUAGUGAUCCUUUAAUGUCACUUUACAUCAAGGCUAAACUGCCAGACCAUCCUGAAAUUGAGGGGACCUAGAACAUUUUUAAAAAAUUUUAUUUUUAUUUUUGUUGUGCAAAAGAUUACAACAAGCCCACAAUGCCACAAUAGCCAUAGCAAGCAUUUCAAGAUAGAAAUUGUAAUGGCAUAUGAUAGAACUGCACAUUUUUUUACAUGAAGCAAGCUUAGAGAGUAUAGUAAAGUGUUCUGGCAUAGACUAAUACAGCAUCACAUUUCAGGAAUUGCUUAGAGCUUAUUAAAUAUUGACAAGUAAUAGUAGCGCAUAAACGCUAGAUAUGCAGACAUAAAUUAUAUCCACAGUAAGAUCUAUGCAUCUAAAUAUCCUAAAGCUAUGUCUAAAUGCCUAAAACACCUAGCUAACAGUGCCACUGAGUGUAGUGUGAAAGUAGAGAGGUAUCCCCUCAAACUCCUCAACAAAAGAAUAAAAUAGCUAAACAAAAAAAAUUAAAAAAAUUUGUGGAUGCUGCAGAUAGCCACUAGCUUCACUCAUACAAUGUUACACUUGAGCCAUGGUGGAAAGUCUGCUUCCACGCCAGAGGCAGUUUCUUUUCCCGCUGUCAAGCUUGAUGAGUAAUGCUGGGAUUCCUGCUGUGCCUUAUAUCCCAAACUGCCUGAUACCAGGUCCACGCAACUUCUGCCCAUGGCCUGUAUGGAAGCGUGUGCCUUGUGUCCAUUGAUCCCCCUUCCUGUGGUGGCAGGAUUGUGGGCCCGUAGGUGAACCAUGUUCCGGGUUACCCUCUGGAUAUAUGGAUGGCACAGAGGCCCACAAGAGACGCGAGCAGCCGAGACAUUGAGUGGGUUCUGUGGGCAAUAUGAUCCCAGAAUCGCUGGCAAAUUGCGUCGAAUGUGGUGGUAAAGAGGUCUCUGCACCUCUCAUGCUCCAAACUGGUCCGGCACUGUUUGAGUUCCUGCUCGGCGUCCAUCUUGGUCGCCCCACGCUGUUUCAGAGGCCACAAAAUUUCCUUUCCUUAUAUUCUCUUCCCUGUUUUGAUACAGAGUGGGACUAACCCAGUGAGGACCGGGGUGAACCCGCCUCACCUCUGCCCGUGCACCUGAUAUAGAUCCAAAUACUGAUAUUUGUUAUAUUCAAAGGAAGCCCAAAUUAUUAUAACAAGUACACUUGGAAAAGCAUGAAUUAACCUCUGUCGUUUAUUUGUCAGUUGGGUUUUUAUACAUUAAAAAGUAAGUGCUUAUGUGUAAAUACUCAUUGGAUAGUAGUAGGAAGGGAGUGAAAGGGUAAAAGACAUAGGGAUGAACGUCAUGUACAUAUAACAAAUAAGUUCUGAGAAAGAACAGAAUGAUCUGAGAAGAGACAUCUCAGGUGGGGGCUAUCUGCUCCCAGAACUAGACAUAUAUGGUCUGUCAUUUUAAGCAUCAAGCAUUUCCUGAGUCCAAGUUAGCCAAUUUUAAUAUAGGAUAUCAUUAUAUGACAAAGGUUAGAAAAAUGGCCGUAAUAACAAAUACAGCUUAUAGGAAAAAGUCCAAAAUUUUCUUAAUCAGCAAGGUCAACCAUGUUCCUAGCCCAAAUGUCCAAUCCCAACCUCCAAAGAAGCCAGUAUCCUGUUUGAUAUCCUGUACUAAGUCAUGUAAAUCUUUUAUAUGUUUAUGGAUCAUAGUGCCUGUAGCGGAGAGGCAGUAUAAUCCACGAUAUCUCCGCUGGGUAACAGGAACAACAAAGGAUAAUCCAGGGAAUCAGCAUAUAUUAAUCCAAACAGCAUUGCAGUAACCCUUCCUUCCCAAGAACUAGACGACACAUAGGCUGGGAGUCAACUGAGGUUUUAAUCACAGGUCACAGUAUUUAUGCAAUUCCCCAUGCAAGGGGUUUCCAAACUGACAUUACAGGGGUUGUACAGGAGGGGACUACAUGGGGGACUUACAUUACACCAUAUUUCUCCCAUCAGGCACCGCUGUACGAGAGGGAUAGUCUUCCCAGAAUGCACCGUUAAGUGGACUAUCCCCUCGUGCAGCAGAACCGAUAAUUCGCAUAAAAAUCAAUAACUUGGUGAAUAUAUAGUGGAUUUACACGAAUGGACGUUCGGCAGAUAGCUGGGGUCUGAGGGUAUCAUUCGUGAGGUUACCGCUCAGAUCCCAGCUAAAAUAACCGAACGCCGCACGAACAACACAAUUCAUAUAAAACAUACAAAAAGAACCGAUUGCUAUUAGGGAACAAAAUACCGAACGUCCCGAAACUCCCGAACGUCCUGGAGGCUCAGCGGGGCUCAUGCCGUCGAGUAGCCGUUUUUAGUACCAGGCGCUCGACGACAUAACCCCGCUGGGGAACAAAGGAUCCAAGAUGGCCGACCGCCGCAUGGUCGGUAGUCGAACGACGGCCACCCAGGAGAGCCUCUAAUAACCGAUUGCAACAAUGUUGCAAUCGGUUAACUAGCGCCACACGCCUCUAAGUGUGUGGGCUAUUAGGGGGUAUCGCAUUCGUUUCACGAACGGCCCUCCAAAGUGCCGUUCGCGAAACGAACGGGAAUCCCCAUACAAACCGCCAUUUGCAUUCGGCGGAACAGAUAGGUACAGGCAAUGCAGGGAAUACAUGAAGCAGGCACAUACAGGUACAACGCAUCUCUCUCCAGACCUAUAGGCAACCCUUAAAGGCAUAGUGUCCAGUUAUAGUCCGAGUGGCUAGGUUUGCCACAAUGCUCCCCCAGAACCAAGCCGGCAUACACAGUCUGAUCCCAACGGAUCGGCUUGGGGAUGUCCGGAGGAGUACUCACGAAUCACGGCUCCAAGUCUGUUUGUCUAGACAACCCGUCGGCGUUGCCAUUCUGCUUCCCAGGGCGGUAGUGGAUAGUAAAGUCAAAAGGCUGCAGCGCCAAACUCCAGCGCAGCAGCCUGGCAUUGUCUCCGGACACCCUGUUCAGCCACACCAACGGGUUGUGAUCCGUGAGUAAAGUGAAGGGUUGCCCGUAUAAGUAGGGUUGCAACUUCUUGAGGGCCCACACCACAGCCAGGCACUCCUUUUCAAUGGCGGCGUAGCUUACUUCCCUGGGUAAAAGUUUUCGGCUUAGGUAAGCUACGGGGUGCUCGCCGCCAUCGGGUCCAACUUGGCUCAGUACUGCUCCCAAUCCAAACAUAGAAGCGUCUGUGUGGACGAGAAAGCGUUUAGUUGGAUCAGGAGCAGAAAGUACAGGAGAGUUAACAAGCGCCGUCUUGAGCUGUUGGAACGCCUGCUCACACUCUGGGGCCCAGACUACUAACUUAGGGAGGUUCUUGCGGGUCAGGUCUGUGAGGGGUUUGGCGAGGGCGCUAUAGUUGGCCACAAACUUCCGGUAGUACCCGGCGGUCCCUAAAAAGGCGAGCACUUGGGUCUUGGUGCGAGGGGUAGACCAUUGGGCGACUGCCUCUAUUUUAGCAGAUUCGGGUUUCUGUUGCCCACUCCCUACCCGGUGCCCCAGAUACUGGACUUCCGCCAUACCGAUAUGGCAUUUGCUGGGUUUUAGGGUCAGUCCGGCCUCUCGGAUUCGGUCUAGAAUGGCUCCUAUGUGAACCAGAUGUUCGUGCCAGGAGUGGCUGAAUAUGGCGAUAUCAUCUAGAUACGCGCAGGCAUACUCCUGGAACCCAUCUAAAAGUCUGUCCACCAUUCUCUGGAAGGUAGCUGGAGCGUUUUUCAUCCCGAAUGGCAUGACCUUAAAUUGAUACAGGCCAAACGGGGUGACAAAAGCCGACUUAGGGAUGGCGUCUUCCGCUAAGGGAAUCUGCCAGUACCCUUUGCACAAGUCUAUAGUGGUUAGGUAUUGACCCCUGGCCAUCUUGUCGAGGAGUUCGUCUAUUCGGGGCAUGGGAUAUGCGUCAGAGGUCGUUUUAUCGUUGAGCCGUCGGUAGUCUACGCAGAAACGGGUCGUCCCGUCCCGUUUCGGCACCAGUACUACCGGGGAGGCCCAGGGGCUGUCCGAGUGCUCUAUUACUCCUAGCUGAAUCAUCUCCUCAAUUUCCUUGCGCAUAUUUUCCUUGACUGCUUCUGGAGUGCGGUAUGGGGGUUGGCGCAAGGGGGUCGGAUCUAACGUUUCUACCUUAUGGGUAGCCAACGGGGUAUAGCCGGGUAAAUUGGAAAACGUGGCCUUCUUUUCCCGAAGCAACUUUUGUACCUGGGCCCGUUCUUGGGCAUUUAAUCUUUCUCCUAACUGUACCUCUCCCAGAUCUCCGCUCUGGCCCUCUUGGUCUAGGAGAUCGGGUAGGGGUAGGUUAUCAAAAUCUUCCAUGGCAGGGGCACAGAUUGCGGUGACUUCCUCAGUACGUUCGUGGUAUGGCUUGAGCAUGUUCACAUGGAGCAUGCGUUUGCCUCCCACGCCGGUAACCGGGCCGAUCACAUAGGUGGUGUCACAGAUCUGUUCCACCACUUUGUAUGGGCCCUGCCAGGAAGCCUGCAGCUUAUCUUUGUGGACGGGUCGCAGGAUUAGGACUUUCUGCCCCACCUGGAAGCUGCGGUCCCUGGCUCCCUUAUCAUACCAUCGGCGCUGUCGUUGUUGCGCUACCUGGAGAUUGUCUCGGACGGUCUGGGUUAGCCUCUCCAGGCGUUCCCUGAACUCGAGCACAUAUGGUAAGAUAGGGGUGCCAUUAAUGGUUUCAUCUCCCUCCCAGUGUUCCCGUAUCAAGUCAAGAGGUCCCCUCACUCUCCUCCCGAAUAAUAAUUCGAACGGAGAGAAUCCGGUGGAUUCUUGCGGCACUUCUCGAUAUGCGAACAGUGGGUGGGGUAAAAACCGCUCCCAGUCUUUUUGGGUGUCCAUGAACGUGCGGAUUAUUUGUUUCAGGGUUCCGUUAAACCGUUCACAGAGCCCAUUGGACUGGGGGUGAUAUGGGGAGUUGAGGAUUUGUUGUAUCCCACAUAUUUUCCAGAGCUGAUGGGUCACUUCAGCAGUAAACUGGGUGCCUCUAUCGGAGAUAAUCUCCCGGGGAAAUCCUACCCGGGUGAAUAUCCUCAUCAGGGCCUCGGCUACCGUUUCUGCGUGUACGUUCGUUAGGGCCACUGCCUCAGGGUACCGGGUGGCGUAGUCCACCACAGUUAGGACAUACUUCUUGCCGGAGGGGCUGGGUUUUGCAAGGGGACCUAUGAUGUCUACUGCCACCCUACUGAAUGGUUCUUCAAUGAUGGGCAGAGACCGUAGUCGGGCUUUGUAUCUGUCCCCCCUCUUGCCUACCCUUUGGCAGGUAUCGCAGGUCUGACAAUAUCGCUUAAUAUCCUGGGAAAUACCUGGCCAAAAGAAAUUUUGGGUCAGCCUGUGUUUGGUCCGACUGAUGCCUAGGUGUCCAGACAGAGGGAUAUCAUGGGCUAUGCGUAACAGCUCUAACCUAUACUUUCGAGGCACUAUUAGCUGUUUAAUGGGCAACGGUAUUGACCCGGACACUACCUUCUCUGCGUGCCGAUAUAGUAGUCCUUUGUCCCAGAUAUAUCUUUCCCCCUCUAACCCGGCUUGAUUUUUAUCCAUGCGGUCUUUGUAUACCUGUAACGAAGGAUCUAGGGCUACUUCGGCCCCGAACUCUAUGGAAUUGGCCCAGGGCAUGAUAGGGGGUAGGGGAGGGUCAUUGCUUACCUGAGCCUCAGAGUGUUCGGAUGGUGCAGUGGUGCGGGCCUGUUGCCGGGUCACAACCGGGUAUGCUUCUUGUACGGUGGGCUGUGGAACAAAAGCUGAAGUCAGCUCCCCCAAAUCGUUGCCCAAAAUCACAUCCGCUGGCAAGUCUUGCAUCAUCCCCACAUAUACAUUCCCGUGCCCCGCUCCCCAAUUCAAGUGCACCUUGGCCGUGGGUACUUUGUAAAUGGCUCCCCCAGCCACCCGCACAGCCACACAGUCCCCCGUGAGCUUGGGCUUUGGUACCAGAUGACUGCGUACUAGAGUUAGGGUGGCUCCCGAGUCACGAAGUCCUUGUACUUUCCUCCCCUCCAUGUGUACUUCCUGGCGGUGCCCUUGGCGGUUAUCGGAGGCGGCCUGGAUAGGGUUCACCUCGUGUAGAGUGCUGAGGGGUUCCUCCCGGGUUGUCCCCAACUCCAGAUUUUGGUAGGAUUCGGCCUGUAGACAAUGGACUGCGGCACGGUUGCUCGGGGCGGCGUUAUUCCAGCUGGGUCGAGGCCGGUUCCGUGGGCAGUCUCUCUGGAUGUGCCCCUGUUGGUUGCAGGUAUGGCACCGGAUUGGUGGACGUGCUGAAUAUCUGGGGGGGUAGGAAUUCUGGUUUACCCCUGGUCGCUGGUAGUUGCGGGGCCCCCUGGAGGGCUGGUCGUUGUAGGGGGGAUGGUGGCUCGGGUUGGUAUGGGUUGAUCUCUCCGAUUGUCCUGGAAAUCGUCUGCCAUAUUAGCCGCUUCCUGCAGGGUGUGUGGCUUUCUGUCCCGGAUCCAGUUUUGUAGGUAGGUCGGGACGCCAUUGAAGAAUUGUUCCAGUACCAUUAGCUGGAACAGACCCUCCAAUGUAUCAACUUGGGCGGCCUCCAGCCACCCCUUGGCAGCUCGUUGCAGCUGGUGCGCCCAUUCCACAUGGGUGUCCUUAGUGGGUUUUUUAAUGUCCCGAAACUUCUUUCGGUAUGCCUCUGAUGUGAUGGCAUACCGGGCUAGGAUGGCCCGUUUUACUUUAGCGUAGUCUCUACUAUCCUCGUCUGGUACUGCCCGGUACGCUUCGGCGGCUCGCCCAGAUAAUCUCCCCGCUAGUAGGGGUACUCUGUCUGCAUCAUUAAUUUCGUGCAGCAAACACAGUCUCUCGAAAUCCUGUAAAUAGUCGUCAACGCCACCCUCUGUCUCUACAUUGCUUUUGAAGGCUUGAUAUGGGAUUUUGGCUUUCCCUGGGAAAAUAUGGACUGGCGUUGCGGCUCUUUCCCCGGCUUGCUGGUUCCCUGGCGGUCCCCUAGCCAUAAUGUACUCCUGUACAUCAGCGAACAGCCGGUUAAUCAUCUCUGUAGAUGGGGGUUCAGGAAAUAAAGCCAUUCGUGCUCGGAAUUCCGCUGUAAAUUCGUGGGUUUGUCCCUCCAUUCGAGGUGCUGCAGCAGCUGCGGCUCUGUCUCCUUCCAUGAGCUCCGUAAUUAGGACAGCCUUUGCCUUGUUACUGGCGAUUGCUCCUCUUGCUUCCAGCAGCUCCUUUAAUGUGCUCCGUUUUAGCAGGGCGUAAUCUGUUCCCAUUCACCUGCUGUUCGUGAGGUUUAUUCGAAUGCGCUAAUUCCCGAAUGCUUGUUCCUUGAUUCGUUUAAAAAUCUGCCGAACGUUGCUUUGCUGUGUAAAUUCAAUCCCGUCGCUUGCCACCAAUUGUAGCGGAGAGGCAGUAUAAUCCACGAUAUCUCCGCUGGGUAACAGGAACAACAAAGGAUAAUCCAGUGAAUCAGCAUAUAUUAAUCCAAACAGCACUGCAGUAACCCUUCCUUCCCAAGAACUAGACGACACAUAGGCUGGGAGUCAACUGAGGUUUUAAUCACAGGUCACAGUAUUUAUGCAAUUCCCCAUGCAAGGGGUUUCCAAACUGACAUUACAGGGGUUGUACAGGAGGGGACUACAUGGGGGACUUACAUUACACCAUAUUUCUCUCAUCAGGCACCGCUGUACGAGAGGGAUAGUCUUCCCAGAAUGCACCGUUAAGUGGACUAUCCCCUCGUGCAGCAGAACCGAUAAUUCGCAUAAAAAUCAAUAACUUGGUGAAUAUAUAGUGGAUUUACACGAAUGGACGUUCGGCAGAUAGCUGGGGUCUGAGGGUAUCAUUCGUGAGGUUACCGCUCAGAUCCCAGCUAAAAUAACCGAACGCCGCACGAACAACACAAUUCAUAUAAAACAUACAAAAAGAACCGAUUGCUAUUAGGGAACAAAAUACCGAACGUCCCGAAACUCCCGAACGUCCUGGAGGCUCAGCGGGGCUCAUGCCGUCGAGUAGCCGUUUUUAGUACCAGGCGCUCGACGACAUAACCCCGCUGAGGGAACAAAGGAUCCAAGAUGGCCGACCGCCGCAUGGUCGGUAGUCGAACGACGGCCACCCAGGAGAGCCUCUAAUAACCGAUUGCAACAAUGUUGCAAUCGGUUAACUAGCGCCACACGCCUCUAAGUGUGUGGGCUAUUAGGGGGUAUCGCAUUCGUUUCACGAACGGCCCUCCAAAGUGCCGUUCGUGAAACGAACGAGAAUCCCCAUACAAACCGCCAUUUGCAUUCGGCGGAACAGAUAGGUACAGGCAAUGCAGGGAAUACAUGAAGCAGGCACAUACAGGUACAACGCAUCUCUCUCCAGACCUAUAGGCAACCCUUAAAGGCAUAGUGUCCAGUUAUAGUCCGAGUGGCUGGUUUGCCACAGUGCCAUGGUCAGAUAGGUUAAAACAGCACAUACCUUCAAUAGCUUUACAGCCUAAGUCACGUUUCAUUAGUAAGUAGUCAAUGGCUGCUCUAUUCUCUGUACAAUUCAUAGUGGUGCUCAGGGCUCUAGAAUUCGUGGUAUUUUUCCACCAAGUGGGGCAAAAUAGGGAUUCAGUAUUAGGGUCUCUUGAACAAUUACAUUAAAAAAGACCAACAUGGGGGGGCGUGGCUACCAGCGGAGCAAGAUGGCCACAUAAUCUUUAGCUCCUGCACAUGGGCUCUGAAAAACGGCGAUUAAACCAGGUUACAGAUGACCCAUACUACCAUUACCACAUCAUGUCUCAGCCUAAACAAAAGAGGCAAACAGCUAAAGCCGACAAGCAUAACUUCUUCGGCCAAAAUACGCCAUCAUCAAAGCAAACGGUGCAGUCGCACCAACAAGAUGGCGGGGAGGACUCAGAUGGAGAGAGUCAAUCUAACGACGUGGCUGAUCAGGCGAUGGAGAAGACUGUUACUAAACAGUUGCUCCUGGGACAACUGGAAGCCUUUUCAAGUAAAAUGAUGGCCGGCUGGACAGCAGGCCUGGCGUGCCUGAAAAAAGAUAUAGGAGACCUAGGGGUUAGAACAUCCCGUGUGGAGGAGAAAAUGGAGGAGAGGACGGACGCUCACAAUCAUUUAGCAGCACAAGUAAACAAUACAACAUGGAAAAUAAAUUAAUGGAUGUUGAAGACAGAGCACACGGAAAUAACUUGAGACUGAGAGAGAUCCCAGAGACAGUGACACUGGCAGAAUUACAGGCCUACCUCCACGACUUCUUUCAUGCACUGUCACCGGACACACCGUCCGCCAUGCUCCUUCUAGACAGAGCGCAUCAAGUGCCUAAACCCCGACAUCUGCCAGACACGGUCCCCAGGGACGUAAUCAUAUGUGUCCAUUAUCACCACGUGAAGGAGCUUAUCCUAAGGCAGAGCAGAGUUAACAAGAACUUACCUGUGAAAUACAAUAAAAUCAAGGUGUUCCCGGACCUAUCCGCGGUAACGCUAAGGAGGAGGAAAGCGUUCCAACCUGCCACCAGCAUCCUCAGGCAGCACCAAGUUCUCUGCCGCUGGGGAUAUCCCCUCAAACUCCUCAUCUCAAAGAAUGGAACGACAGAAACUAUACUCUCACCAGAAGAUGGAGACAGACUUCUCAGAAAAUGGAACCUGCCCUGCCCGGACCUGGCGCCUCGAGAGACCGCCACAAUACUGAGGGAAUGGCAGAAGGCCUACCAAACAUGAACUGAUACCAGCCAAUAUAAGUAACAACCAUGUCCUAGCACACAAGGGCUGGUAAAGUAUUUGAAAAAUUAACCUGUUAUGUUUUAUUACGUUCUCUCCAGUGUUAAAUAUGUUAUUCUUAAUGUAACCCUUCAAUACAUGACCCACAAUAGUCACAUUCCACUCACACAUAUCAAAACCCUGAAACGCAGAGGCCCGUACCGUGCCUAACGUAUAUGCACCCCCUAACACCUCGAGGAAUCAAUAAUUACCACCCAUACACUGAGGGUUAUGACUGCCAAUCAACCCUACCAUGCAUAGGCGGACACAUUAUCCUAACGAUAGAACAUGAAUCGGCAGGCAAGAGGGGGAGACAAUGGUAACCACAUGUAACUACUGACUCCCAUAAUUCAACAGAAGACAUACAGGUACAACCUCAAUGUACGGCUACACCUAACCAUAAUGUAAAUAACUGCAAAAAAAAAUUAAUUAAAAUUAAUCGAAAAUAAAAUCACUAAACAGCUAUAUGACGCAACUAAAACAUCUACCCCACACACUAUAAUUCCAUGAUACAAAGCCCGGCAAACCCCACAUACACACAAGUGUUUGAUGAAUACACGGUGAGAGGACUAAGGACACCACACAAACCACCUCCCUUGCACCGUGGGGACACACAAUGGUAUACUACAGACCAAUGGGAAAGAUGUCUAUAUGUUGAUGCUGUAUUAUGUCAAUGAAUGCGAAUAUUGUAUUGUUACAGGAUAUAUAUAUAUAUAUAUAUAUAUGUAUAUAUGUCUCAUUCAACCCUCAAAACCCUGUGGCAGACCAUUAGUACACAGGUACUACAAAUCAUACUAAAAAAAGAAAAGUAGGAAGUACCACUGUCGCCUUAGGCACACUAUGCUCGAAGAAUAAAUACAAGGACGGUCUCAGAUGUAAUUUGGAGCCUUCACACAACACCAAAACAAUAGAGGAGCCCAGGUAGCCUCCUCAGUGAGCAACACACGCAUGCUCACCUCCCCCACGGUACCAACCACGAGUACUGAGCCCAACAUCGGGGCACUAAUGUAUAUAGUUGAGUUCUCCAUGAGAGUCUUGUUUUCCCCCAAGUCACCACCACCUCCAUACCAGGUUACAAAUCGAUCGAAAGACCAUGGUACACAUUCACCCAAAAUAAAACAGACAGUCCAAAAAGGCGGCCUAACGGAAGUGAAUCCACAAACCUUAACGACCAGAGAUCACCACUCUAAGAAGCACACAAUAAACCGAUUCCACCCCUGGGACACAAUGACACACACAUGCACACUCAACACCCUACAAAUCCGUCUAUUCGCACUGGUAUGUCACUAUCUACCAUUUCGGAGUUAUAGACUACAUUCCCCAAAGGCCAACACCAUGCUCACAAUGGAACAAACACUUAAAGAAAAUAUACUCACAUAAUGUCUGGGGACUCUACUCCCCCCAAAAAUGUCAACUGCUGAUGACGGAACUGAAGAAACAAAAUGCAGAUGUAAUCUGUCUCCAAGAGACCCACUUCCAACGCUCUAAACACCAUCUAUGGGCCUCAAACAAUACCCACAUCAAUACCACUCCACACACAAUCACAAAUCUAGGGGAGUCAGCAUCCUGUUACACCAAUCAGUGGCGUACGAACCACUCAUAAUAAUUAAAGACAGUAAAGGACGGUACCUAAUUCUCAAAUGCAACCUCAACAACGUAACCUACACAAUUGUUAACAUACAAUAUAGAAAAUGAGAAAAAAGUUAGGUAUAAAGCUAUUAAUCAUAUACAAAUUUUAUAUAAGUAUUAAAGAGGAAAUGCAUCUCUCAUCACGAGGCAAUUAACACAAUUGUUAACAUGUAUGCACCCAAUGACAACCAGAAACUAUUCCUACAACACUUAUUGACUAAAAUGAGCAACAUACAACAGGGUAUAUUAAUAUGCUGCGGAGACCUGAAUCACAUUCUAGACACAGACACUACACUCGACACGGCAACCCCAAGAUCAAGAGCCCUAAGAUCAGCUUGCAUUCAACUCAACAAACUUCUACUCCAAUUCAAUCUGUACGAUAUCUGGUGCACAUUGCAUCCUAGAGAUGUAGACUAUACCUACAACUCUCCCGUGCAUAAAACACAUUCAAGGAUCGAUUAUUUCUUCACGACCAACACAGGGCUCCCCACAAACACACCGAUGCAUACACAGAGACAUAACAUGGUCUGACCAUGCACCACUGACUUUGACGCUCACAGAUGCAUUCCCCAAUAAAGGCAAGGAAUCGUGGAGGUUAAACAUGACCAGGAAUUCACCUCCUCAAUAGAGCAGGAACUCAAACACUACUUUGCCACUAACACCCCCCCAAAUUACUGCCCCGAUAUUGUGGCAAGCACACAAACUAGUCAUAUGGGGACUGCUGAUCCGUAGGGCAUCUUAUAUUAAUAGACAAAGAUGAGCCACACCAAUGAACCUCCUUAAGGAACUGAGAGACACCACACAAACUUAUUACCAAACGAAACAACAAGACCUCCUGACAAAAAUUCAAAUUAUAACUGCUAAAAUCAAUGAACACCAAUUCCAAAAAACAGCAUAUACCCUACAAAAAUUUAAAAUGACACACUAUGCCCAAGGAAACAAAGCCAGUAAAUUAAUGGCCAACAUGCUGCGCAAAAGCAAUCUAAUGCCCAAAUCCCUUAUAUACUCUCCAAAGAUAAUCACAAAAAAAUACCCUAUCUAAACAAAUCACGACGGAAGAAUUGCAACAGGCAAUCUCCCGCCUACCCACAGGGAAAUCUCUGGGGCCAGAUGGCCUAACGAACUACUAUUACAAAACCUUUGCCCCCACACUCAUUCAACACAUACAACAGGCAUUUCAUCAUAUUGUCCGCAGGGGAACUAUGCCACCAGAGAUGCUCAUAGCUCACGUAGCCACAUUACCUAAACUGGGGAAAAUACCGGAUAAAGGACAAAAUUUACGCCCAAUCUCGCUUUUAAACACAGAUAUUAAGUUGUUAGUAAAAAUAUACUCCAAUAGAUUGGCCACAAUACUUCCCACACUAGUGCAUGAAGACCAAGUGAGAUUUGUGACUGGCAGACAGGGAACGGACGGCACUAGAAAAGUCCUGAACCUCACACAUAGAUUUCAAAGACAAAACGCAGGCAGCUUGUUCCUAUCGUUAGAAAAAGCCAUUGACUGGCUAAACUGGAAUUUUCUCAGGGCAGUGCUAACAAAAUUUGAAUUCCCGCCGGCAUUUAUGAACACUUUGCAAGCACUCUAUAGCAACCCCACCGCUAGAAUAGCCAAUGCCGGAUUUCUCUCCAACCCAUUUAACAUCACAAUUGUUACCCGACAGGGAUGCCCUCUUUCACCCCUCUUGUAUGUACUGGCACUGGGUGCUCUCAUUAGACAGCACCCAUCAAUAUCUGGCAUUAAAACAUGACACAAAGAACACAAACUCACCUUUCGCAGACGACAUACUCCUGACAAUACAAAACCCAGAAACUUCCUUACCACACUUCCAUUAAAUCCUAGAAACAUACAGCAAACUAUCCCACAAUAAAUUGAAUAUCUCCAAGACAUAAGCCCUAAGCAAGGGACUCCCCCAGGACGUGACUCACAGACUGAAAAAAACAUACAAUUACGAUCAAAUUUCUAGGCAUAUGCUUUACAAAAUUGCACACUGCACUAUUCAAUUCUAAUUAUGGCAACAUUUUCAUAGACAUAAAAAAACAACUGCAAGACUGGAAAAAAUCAUCCAUAUCUUGGCCAGGUCGUAUAGCAGCAGUCAAAAUGAUAAUCCUCCCUAAAUUACAAUACCUAUUCAGAUCCCUACCGAUACAAAUACCUCAAAUUUACUUUAACACGCUCCAAUGAUGGGUAACAAGGUUUGUGUGGAGUGAAAAGAGAGCCUGUAUAGCAUUAAGAAUCAUGCAUAAGCCGAUAAAUGAAGGGGGGAAUGAGCAUGCCAAACUUCAUACAAUACUAUCAUGCAACUAUUCUAAGUAGUAUAAUACAGGCCAGACCAGAGAAUCAAGAACCACAAUGGAAAAACUUAGAAUCCGAAUGGGCAGAAAACAUAAGCACUGAUAAUCUAGUGUGGAUCCCAACAACAAAAAGAACACAAAUCACGAACUGCCUCCUAACCACUAGUCUGACCUUAAAAAUCUGGGACAUAAACCAGAAAGCCUUAACGAGCAACUCACCCAUUUCCAGGGCCAUGCCACUAAAAUCACUGACAGGCCUCAUCCCAGAUUUCAAUUACAGAAUAUGGGAGAGGCACGGUAUAUACUUCUUGUACCAAAUGCUCACAAACGCCAAUCUAGCGCCCUUUGCUGACUUACAAUGCUUUUACAAAAUACCAGGGAUAGCGCACUAUUCAUAUCGCCAAUUAAACUCAUGGCUACACACACAGAACCAGGAAAAUCCCUCCACCACCCCGGAGAACCAGCUGACAGGGUUUGAAACAAUGUACAUGGGGACAAAACCCCCCCAGAAAACCAUCUCCUCUAUAUACGCAGCACUACCCACAAAACACAUGUUGCGGGAACAUAAUUUUAUUAAAGCAUGGGAAAAGGAGUUUAAUAAAACAUUUGAGGAACCAGAAUAGGAACAAACGAUUUUGACUUCUAAAGCCUUCUCUCUCUGCUCAAGACACAUAGAACUAGCCAAAAAACUACUACAUAGGUGGUAUUUAGCACCGGUACGACUACACAAAUUCAGCCUGAAUAUAUCAGAAAAGUACUGGAGAUGCAAGGCAAGUCUAGGAACUAUGGGAUACAUCUGGGGUGAGAAAAUCACGAGCCCGCUAUAUGAUGACGGAAAAUCAUAUACCGAAGGCAUAGCGAGAGUCUUUAUAAAUAUUACCAGUCUUACCAGAGGCCAUUUUACACGCUUCAGCGAGUUCCCUCAGCUCAGCCUCCUGUGCAGAGCAGUGAGAAGCGAGUGGUUAAGCUUUUACCUCAUGUGCAGAGACUACAGUAUAUCCGGUGUGGAAAUUACCCUUCUCAUCAGCAUAUCUGGAACCAUCUACAAAAAACUAAAAAUCUGCAUUAGAUAAUGGAGAAUUAAUUACAUGCGACAAAACCUGCUGUCUCUUGUGCCAUUUGUGCUGCACAAUCAUGGGGUACCUGGGCGUCAGCUAACUCAUCUGGUGAAAGUGAAUUUACAAAAAGAUCAGAAAUACAAGUACCAUUCCCACUAUCCCCACUCCCCUCUUUUAAAUACAGGGGAAGUAAUGUAGAUGGAUAUAACACCAUACACCUUUUCAGAGUAACAUUAGGUGGCAUAAGCAAGACACAUUGCAUUUUGAGAUGCCUUGAAGUUUGUAUGUGUUUUGGUUGAACUUGUGACAGUAUGUUGUUGAUGUCAUGCGGUGUGUAUAUUGUCACUGGGUUAUCUAAGACAAUAUAAGUGGCUUUGACCAGGAGGGCAGUAACAGCCGCCACUGCCCUUACACAUGAGGGGGUACUCCUGGCAACAGGGUCCAGUCUGGUUGAGUAGUAAGCUACUGGUCUUUGUUUACCACCAUGGUCCUGUGUAUGGACAGAUGUAGGAAUAGGCCUCAGGAACGGACAAGGUUGCUGCUCAGUGGUCACUUGUUUCUGAGCGCAGUAAGUAGCACUUCACCUAAAUGUCAGAUUGUUUACAUAAACCGAGGUAGCAGGAUUAUCAGCAGGAUUCUCUGAGUUAUAACUCAUUUUAUCAGGAGCUCUUGAAAAACAUGUCCUUCCAUCUUGGGUGCAAGGCCCCGCCCCCAGUACAUUUUUUAUUUCUACUUAGAAAAUAUUAACUUUAUAAUCCUUAGCCAUCAUUUCCUCUGUAGCUGAAAAAGUGUUUUCAGCUACUCAUAAAUGACAAAUAAGAAGCAUGUUGCCUUAUUUUAUUAUACCUUGCAAUAGCAAUACUUUUUUCUUGCUUAAAUGUAUCAAUUCACUCUGUUUAUAAAGGUCAAUGCCUUAUGCAUAUCAAAUCUGUUUACAACACAAAAUGUAAUAUAAAUAAAGUAACUUUUGAACAUCUUAAAACUGUUAAUUGAUAUGUAUUUGCACUGGAAUAAAUACAUUCAGGUUUGCCCAGGAAUGUGAAUUAACCCCAUUGUUGCAUACCAUUUGUAAAAGUAGGCAACCCAUAGUCAUAGCCAGGCAAUACCAGGGGAUCUGUUACAUGGCUCCCCUUUUGUGGAAAACCCUAGCAGACCUGGUUUGAUCCUUUUCGGGUCAGCCUGGGGAUGUCUGGGCCGCUGCUAGGGCAUAAGUUCCGUUUGCCUGGAGAACCCGUCAGUGUUGCCGUUUUGCUUGGCAAGCCGAUACUGGAUGGAAAAAUUGUAAGGUUGUAGUGCCAAGCUCCAUGGCAAUUGCCGGCCGUUGUCCCCUGCAACUCGGUUCCUGGCCAUAUAAAUGGGGAGUCAGUUUCUUUAGAGCCCAGGCAUUCUUUUUCCACUGCCGCGUAGCUCACUUCCCUAGGUAACAAUUUCCGGCUAAUGUACCCGACAGGGUGCUCCCCUCCAUCUUCUCCGACCUGGCUUAGAACUACCCCCAGUCCGUACAUGGAGGCAUCUGCGUGAACAACAAAGCGUUUGUUAGGGACUGGGGCAGCUAACACAGGAGCGUGGAUCAAAGCGUUCUUUAGGGCUUGGAAGGCUGCUUCACAGGAGGGAAGGGGCACAUCCUCUCUUUCUACCUUCGGUUAACCGGUAGAGUCUCUCUUUGUCCCAGAUAAACCUUUCGUGCUCAUCCCCCCCGGUCUCAGCUUUCUUUCUGUAUGUCUGGAGGGAGGGGUCCUCUCUGGUUUCCCUCCCAAAUUCCUCAGGGGUAUCCCAAGCUAAGGGCUUACUAGCUACAGUCAGGGGAGGAGUCGGUGUGGUGCUUACCUUGGUGUCCCAUCCUGGUGAGUCGUUUUCUGCACAGCGGGCCUGGGAACAGGUGGUCACAGGGCAAGUUGUUACGGCUGGAAUAGGCAAAUAGGCUGAAGCCAGGGGCCCAAUGUUGUUGCCCAACAAGACUGGUAGGUGCAACGACAGGCGCCCACUGUGGUCUUGCCAGACCCGACUCCCCAGUCCAGGUGCACCCGGGCAGUAGGGAGACGAAAGACAGCUCCUCCGGCGACUCUUACAGCCACGGUGUGUUUGAACAAGUUCUCUGGUUUGACCAAGCGUCGUUGGAGUGUUGGUGGCGCUUGUGUCCCGCAGGCCUUGGGCUACUUGCCCGUUCACCCGUACCUCUUGUCGGUGCUUUUGUUGGUUUUCUGGCGAUGCAGGCAUUCCUCUGUACCCAGUUUGGUUUCCAUGCAAUGAACCGCUGGGAUACGGGGGAUUGUAGUAUCUGCUCUGGGUGAGGGGCAGCUACAAAUUGGACAGUUCUUAAUGAUGUGCCCUACAUUGUGGCACUGACGACAUUGUGUCUUGGAGUAGUCCCGGGGGUAAUUUGGUGAUCCUUGGUAGCGAGAGGGUCCAGGGGUACCGGAGCACGGAACUCCAGGCAAAGGGUAGGAACAGGAGCCCUAGUUUCCAAGCGGGCAAGUGGGCUUGGGGUAUUUAUCUUGUUUUCAGCUAAUUCGUCUGCUAACCGGGCAGCAUCCUUUAGGGUGAGGGGACGGCGGUCUCGCACCCAGUCCUGUAGUCCGGUAGGCAAUUCACUGAAGAAAUGUUCCAUUAAAAAUAGCUGUAACACUUCUUCUCUGGUAUUGGCAUGGCAACCCUUAAUCCAGUGGGAUGCCACUCUGUGCAACCGGCAGGCCCAUUGCAUGUCCUCAUUUUCCACAAAAGCCUUGAAGGCUGCAAAAGGGACGUUCCUCUGACGAUGUUGGCCCAUACAUUGUUAGCCUUGUCCGAACGAUGCGCAUGAUGUCAUCUUCCUCGGUGUUCGGGACAUUUGGUUCGGCUAUUUCCAUCGACCGAUUCAUUUUGUCUAACUCCAGUAGGUUAACGAUUCUUUCCGCGGUCGGUUACUGGCGCUCCGUGCUUGUCUUUCUAGCAAAUCUUUUAGCGUUGGUCGUUUCAGCUUUGCAUACUGGUUCUCCAUUCAGUCAGCACUUACUCUACGCAGGAACUGAUUUAAUGGGCACACAAGCAUUUCUUUUAUACAACUUUUCACACAAGGUUACCACCCAUGUGGACCUUGUUGGGCACCAAAAACACAAACUCAACAACCAAUCAUUUACAGUUACACAGUUAAACACUCCGAUUCAUUACUGUAUGUUCCUCCCCUCUGCUUGGGAGAUAAUUGAGUUAAUUGCUGUAUCCGCUCAAUUAUCUCCAAGCGAAAAAUAUACUUUUUACUCAAUUUUUAUAACAUCAAAACUAUACAUUCAAUUCCAAGAAAUCUUACAUUUUCAAAACAAGAAUAAUUAGGGAACAAACAUAUUCAAAAAUCAUACAAAUCGGUUCAGAGGUUCAGGAGGUAGCUGGAAGUCUCAUCCCUGCCCGGCCGCACACAAGGCUCCUGCCCAAAAUAGUUGCAUACAUUCAGCUGGUGCGGACGGUCCCUUUUUGUAAAAUUUAAAUACCAAACAGUAAUGCUUUUUAUUGUUCGUGUCUUUGCUGGUCGUGUGCCGCCUCGUUCGUGGAAUACUUCUACCGAAUGCUGUCUUGUUUGUAUAAACCUGUGCGAAACUAAGUGGUCCUGGAAGUCUCAGCGGUGUUCGGGAGUUUGAGUGUCCGAAAAUCAUUCGACAACAAGAUGGCCGUCGCCACGGAUCCGUGGCCACCCAGUGAACCACUUAGAACGUUUGCGGUGUGCGGGCUGUGGUCUGGCACAGAGUCAAGGAGUUAAUUGGCGGCACACGCCUGGGCUGGGUGGUCUCUGGUUCAGUAGUUUGUUCGUUCAUACGAAUGGGCUAGCAGUGUCAUUCGUUUUCCCAUUCGUAUGUGAAAUAUAACAACAGUAACAAAUCCAGUGGUUAUAAUGUUCCAAGUCUGUUGGCCAGGCAAUACCAGGGGAUCUGUUACAGUCAUUAUCAAAUAAAGCCAGGGUGAAUAGCGUUUUCACAACUAUGGUGUCAGAAAUGCAUGUUUGUAUUUCUAACACUUAAGCAAAUUAAAGGAACAUUCUGGUCACCAUAACAACUUCAUCUAAAUGAAGAUGCUAUGAUGCCAGGAAGCCCCUGGGUGCUCUAUUUCCUUUAAGAGGUUAAACUGCUCUUUAAUGGUUUAACCCCAAAGGCUUCCUCAACCUCCAGAUCUCCAGAUCACUCAGUGGUUUUCGGCUUCUGAAACAGAGUGUCAGGAAGUGCAAAUUGACGUCCGGUAUGGGUGCUGCUGAUUGACUAGAGUGGUCAGCUGAUGCUCUAAGCCAAUCGCUAGUUCCUGGUUCAUAAAAAUGUUUUACUUUUUUAUGAAUGGGGAGCUACUGAUUGGAUUAGAGUGCCAGCUGACCGCUCUAGCCAAUCAGCGGCACCCCUACCCAGCAGCACUCUGUGCUUCCUGACUCUCAGUAAAAAAAAGUGAACACAUUAACACUGAUAAUUUUUUUACCUGGGGAGAUGAGCAGGUCCAAAGUUUCCCUGCCAGGCCCAGGUACCAAAGCCUUAUGUGGUGUCCAUAAUACAGUGGAGGGUUUACUUCACCUGUCCUUCCUGCUCCAAUCUAUUUUCUUCUCCUUCAUUUGACACAGUCUUCUUUUUCUUCUGACACUCUCUUCUUUCCUCCUUGGCUCCUUCAGAUCCUUUCUGCUCCUUCUACUUUACCUUUGUGCUCCUUGCUGCCCCUUUCUGCCCUUUUUGAUCCUUGCUGUCCCUUUCUGUCCUUUUUGCUCAUUGCUGUCCCUUCCUGUUCCUGUCUUCUCUCCUCCUUGGCUUCUCUGCUCUUUCUACUACUUUCUGCUUCUUUUGCGCCCUUCAGCUCCUUUCUCUCUCUGCUUCCUUUCUGCUCCUUGCAGACCCUUUCUGCUCCUUCUCCUACUUUACCUUUGCACUCCUUCUGCCCCUUCCAGCUCAUUGCUACCCUUUUCUGCUCUUUCUCAUACUUUACCUCUGUGCUCCUUCUGAUUAUUUCUGCUCCUUUACCUUUGUGCUCCUUGCUGCAUUUUUCUGCUCCUUGCAGAGCCUUCCUCCUUCUUGCUUCCUGCUUCUUGCUGACCCUUCCUGCUUCUUGCUGACCCAUCCUGCUCCUUUCUGCUCCUUCCUGCUCAUUUCUGCUCCUUAUCUUACUUUACCUUUGUGCUUCUUCUGCCCCUUCCAGCUCAUUGUUGACCCUUUCUGCUCCUUGAUGUGCCUUCCUGCUAAUUUCUGUUCCUUCUCCUUUCUGCUCCUUCUUACUUUACAUUUGUGCUCCUUCUGUCCCUUCCUGCUCAUUGCUGCCCUUUACAGCUCCUUGCUGACUCUUUCUGCUCCUUGAUGUCCCUUGCUGCUCCUUGCUACCCCACGCUGCACCUUCUCCUCCUUUACCCUUGUGCUCCUUCUGCCCCUUCCAGCUCCUUGCUGCCCCUUUCUGCUCCUUGCUGUCCCUUCUUGUUUCUUUCUGCUCCUUCUCCUACUUUACCUUUGUGCUCCUUCUGAUUCUUUCUGCUCCUUCACCUUUGUGCUCCUUCUGUCUUUUCCUGCUCCUGCUGCCCCUUUCUGCUCCGUGCAGACCCUUUCUACUUCUUGCUGCCCCUUCCUGUUCAUUUCUAUUCCUUUCUGCUCCUUCUCCUACUUUACCUUUGCGCUCCUUGCUGACCCUUUCUGCUCCUUGCUGCUCAUUCUCAUACUUUACCUUUGUGCUCCUUCUGUCCCUUCUUGCUCCUUGCAGACCCUUCCUGUUCCUUGCUGACCCUUCAUGCUGAUUUUUGCUCCUUCUCCUAAUUUACCUUUGUGCUAAUUCUGAUUCUUUCUGUUCCUUCUGCCCCUUUCUGCUUCUUGCAGACCCUUCCUGCUUCUUGCAGACCCUUCCUGCUCAUUUCUAUUCCUUUCUGCUCCUUCUCCUACUUUACCUUUGCGCUCCUUGCUGCCCCUUUCUGCUCCUUACUGCUCCUUCUCAUACUUUACCUUUGUGCUCCUUCUGCCCUUUCUAGCUCAUUGCUGACCCUUUCUGCUUCUUGAUGUCCCUUCCUAAUAAUUUCUGUUCCUUCUCCUUCUGUUCUUUUCUGCUCUUUCUAUUUUACCUUUGUGUUGCUUUACCUUCCUGCUUCUUGCUGACCCUUCCUGCUUCUUGCUGACCCUUCCUGCUCCUUGCAGACUCUUCCUGCUCCUUGCAGACCCUUCCUGCUCCUUGCUGCCCCUUCCUGCUCAUUUAUGUUGCUUUGUGCUCCUUUUCCUACUUUACCUUUGUGCUCCUUGCUGCCCCUUCCUGCUUAUUGCUGACCCAUCCUGCUCCUUUCUGAUCCUUCCUGCUAAUUUCUGCUCCUUAUCUUACUUUACCUUUGUUCUUCUUCAGCCCCUUCCAGCUCAUUGCUGACCCUUUCUGCUCAUUGAUGUGCCAUCCUGCUCAUUUCUAUUCCUUCUCCUUUCUGCCCCUUCUCCUACUUUACCUUUGUGCUCCUUCUAUCCCUUCCUGCUACUUGCUGCCUUUUACAGCUCCUUGCUGACUCUUUCUGCUCCAUGGUGUCCCUUCCUGCUCCUUGCUGCCCCGCUCUGCACCUUCUCCUCAUUUACCCUUGUGCUCCUUGCUGCCCCUUUCUGCUCCGUACUGCUCAUUCUCAUACUUUACCUUUGUGCUCCUUUUGUCCCUUCCUGCUCCUUGCAGACCCUUCCUGCUCCUUGCUGACCCUUCAUGCUAAUUUUGGCUCCUUCUCCUAAUUUACCUUUGUGCGCCUUCUGAUUCUUUCUGCUCCUUCACCUUUGUGCUCCUUCUGUCUUUUCCUGCUCCUUCUGCCCCUUUCUGCUUCUUGCAGACCCUUUCUGCUUCUUGCUGCCCCUUCCUGCUCAUUUCUAUUCCUUUCUGCUCCUACUUUACCUUUGCGCUCCUUGCUGCCCCUUUCUGCUCCUUACUGCUCCUUCUCAGCACUUUGUGCUCCUUCUGCCCCUUCCAGCUCAUUGCUGACCCUUACUGCUUCUUGAUGUCCCUUCCUGAUAAUUUCUGUUCCUUCUCCUUCUGUUCCUUUCUGCUCCUUCUAUUUUACCUUUGUGUUGCCCUACCUUCCAGCUCCUUGCUGCCCCUUCCUGCUCCUUGCUGACCUUUCUUGCUCCUUGCUGCCCCUUCCUGCUCCUUGUUGCCCCUUUCUGCUCAUUUAUGUUCCUUAUUGCUACUUUACCUUUGUCCUCCUUGCUUCACCUUCCAGCUCCUUGCUGCCCCGUUCUGCUUCUUGAUGUCGCUUCCUGCACAUUUCUGUUUCUUCUCCUUUCUGCUCCUUCUCUUACGUUACCUUCCUGCUCCUUGCUGACCCUUCCUGUAGGCUGUCUCCCCUAUCCUAUCACUGGCUGUCUCUCCCCCCAUCCCUCACUUACCUGAUCUGUAGGCUUCUCCCCAUCCCUCACUCACCUGAUCUGUAGGCCGCCUCUGCAGCCUGGGAGUUGCUGGCUGCAUGCAGGACCGUCUUUUACACAGGUCAAAAGGGGCAGCUGCCCCGAGCCCAGUCAGUCUUAGGGGGCCCAAAGCAGCUGCCCCUUUAGCCCUCCGGCUGACGUGGUGCGUGCGGCCCGCGUGGAACUACCACAGCGGGCCACGCGAUGUGGUGGCUCAUCGGGUGGCCAAUGCUCCAAGGGCCACCCGUUCACGAUAGAUUUUCAGGAGCCUGGCCGCUUUCAGAGCACGACCAGUCACUUCCUCCCAGCAUUCACGAGCGCCGGGCGGGAGGAGGAGAAGAAGAGGAGGGAGUCAGAGUGGCAGCCUGAGCCUGCCUCCUGCACUUCAAAUGUAGGAAACACAUAAAAAAUGUGCAUGUAUGUAUGUAUGUGUCUGUAUGUAUCUGUCUGUAUGUAUGUAUGUAUGUAUGUGUCUGUUUGAAUGUAUGUGUGUAUCUGUUUGUAUGUAAGUAGCUGUAUGUGUAUCUGUUUGUAUGUGUGUGUGUGUUUCUGUAUCUACAUGUGUCUCUAUGUGACCCUGUGUAUUAGUAUGUGUUUCUGUGUGUCCGUAUGUGUGUCUUUGUAUAUAUGUGUAUCUGUGUGUCUCUGUGUCUGUUUGUAUAUGUGUAUGUGCAUAUCUGUAUAUGUUUGUAUGUGUAUCUGCGUGUAUGUUUGCACGUGUGUCUACAUGUCCUUGUAUCUGCCUGUGUGUCAGUGUGCAUUUGUAUGUGUGUAUUUGUAUCUGAAUGUGUGUCUGUGUUUGUAUCUGUGUGAAUGUCAUUCUGUUUAUUUGACUGUGUAUCAUGCUGUGUGUAUGUGUAGCUGCAUGUGUGCCUGUGUAUCUGUAUAUGUGUCAGUGUCUGUAUCUGUGUAUCUGCAUGUGGGUCCGUGUAUGUAGACAAUAGAAAAAUCCCAAAAGUUGGUGUAAUUGGGAGGGAGAGCCAAGGUCCAGCUCCCAACACAAGCCAACAGAGGGUGUGCCCAUUAGGUAAAUUACUUAGAACCCACGGUAUAGGAGAUGUCAAUGAAAUGAAAAUAAAUAAAUCUUUAAAAGAGAAAUGUUAAAAAUCUAUCUAUAAUAGAUAACCAGAAAGUGCUACCAAAUAAUAAAAUAAAGAGGUGAAAAAAAAAUGCAAAACACACUAAAGCUGGGUCUUGGAUACAGUGUACCUAGUGAGUCUCAGAUAUAUCAAACUAUGGAAAUAAAUGAUCCUAAGAAGGGUAAAAUACGCAAACGUGUGAAUUGAUGUAUAUAUAGAGUAGGUAGACAAAGUAGCUGCCAGAGAAUGUAGGUAGUAAGGUAAGUAAGCUAGUCUUAGGACGCUGGCCAAUAGGUACCUCCGUGUGGCUUGAUAGUCUUGCGUUUAACUAGGGAUAGUAUUCAAAGCCUCUGUUAUAGAGGGAAAUGUAAGUAUAGCAAAAUCCCCCCUUGUGGCCUGAAUAUAAACUAAACCCCAGAGUAAAUGAGUAAAGUAGACAAUGGGGAGAGUAGUAGAACGGUAUAAACUGCCUCCCAAUAUCAAUUGGUAUAUAACCUCAAAAAUUGUUCCAUCUAAAAGCUUGUUUCACAAAUAAAAAUAAUAAUAAUAAAAGUAAAUAUGUAGCUAAAGCCAGAAUUAAAAGUGUAGCCUGUAUGUAUAUCUUAAUGUCAAAAGUGAAAGGUACUUGCCAUACUGUGUGGAUCUAAAGUUCAGAAAAAAACCUUAAAGGGUUUUAAGAGUUUUGAAAUUACCAAAUAAAGUAAACAUAAAUGAGAAAAAAUAAUAAUAAAUGAAAAUAUAUUCACUUGGUGGUUCCCAAAUAUAUACAAAUUUACUUAGUAGGACCGGAAUAUUAUAUUAUAGGAAAGGGGAAAAUGAAAUUCCUUCAUUGAGACCUUUUGGACUCAAAGUUUUAAGUUGAUAGAUCCAGAAGCAUUCUCUUUGUCGUACUCACCACGCCUUGUGUUCCUCUUGACUAGUUCAAGAACGCAAAAGCGCAACCCCUUAGGGUCGCUAUCAUGAUAUUCACGAAGGUGUCUUGAAAUGGGAUUUUCAGUCAGGUAUUUUGGCGAUCUGAUGUGCUCCUGUAUACGUUUCUUAAAAGGGCAAAAUGUUUUUCCCACAUAUUUUUUGUUACAUUCACAAGUCAGUAAAUAGACAAUGCCUGCCGUGUUGCAGUUAAAGAAGGAGGUUAUUUUGAAUUCCUCCUUUUCUUUGCUGUCUUUCACUCUCUUAGAGUCCCUCUUUAUGAGUUUGCAGGUAAUACAACUCCCACAUCCAUAGGUUCCAACCAAAGGGUUCUGGAGCCAUGUUGUGGGGGAGGGUCCAGAUUUUAAGUUGCUGGGAGCCAGCAGGUCUCGUAAAUUUUUACCUCUGCGGGCGGUGAUGGCUGCAUUUGGGGCCAGUACUUCUUGAAGGUGUAAAUCACCAGUCAGCAAUGGCCAGAAGCAUCUAAGGGAGCUCUUAAAAUUCUCCCACCCUGCAUCAUAGGUGGCUAUUAAUCGAAUAGUCCCCUUGAGGUCUUCAGCUGGCUUGUUCACGGUCGUUUCGCUUAUCAAACUAUUACAAUCUGAAUCAAGGGCUCUCUGAUAUGCCCAUUUGAGGCAUCUGUUAGGGUACCCUUUUACUUUGAAAUGUCUCCUUAGUUCUCUAGCUUUAAUAUUGAAUUCGGCAAUGGUGCUGCAAUUACGUCUUACCCUGAGAUAUUGGCCUGUUGGGAUGCCCUGUUUAAGGGGUAUUGGUUGGAAACUAUCCCAUCUCAAAAGGUUGUUAGAUGCGGAUGGCUUACGAUAAAGAGUAGUGUGUAUUUUAUUUUCAGCUGUGAUCUAAAUCGUUAAAUCCAAAAAGUUUAAGCUUGAGCCCCCAAAUUCGUUGGUAAAUCUUAGAUUUUCUUCAUUGAUGUUAAGAGUCCGGACGAAGUUAUUGAACUCCUCGAGAUUACCAAGCCAUACAAUGAGGACGUUGUCAAUGUAACGACGCCAAAGAUAGAUGAGGGGGAGGUAUUGGGAAAUCCCUGUGUGGUGGAUCAAAAUUCCUAAAUGAAGGUUGGCAUAUGAUGGGGCACAGGCUGUCCCCAUUGUAAUCCCCUUGAUCUGAUGGUAAUAUUUUCUUUUAAAAGUAAAGUAGUUAUGUGUGAGUAUAAACUCGACGAGUUCCAGACAGAAUGCAGUAUGUGCCAUGGCAAAUUCACCCCCUUGUUCCAAAAAAAUGGCCUGUAUGUCUAAUGCCAUUACUAUACAUGUAUCAUUGGGACUUAUACAUGUUCCUCCCCCGACCGCUCAGUUCAUCUAUUCCAUAAUCCCCGGGCGGUCCCCCUUUUUUUCAUUGACUUGUUACUUAGUCAUUUACUACUCCGCCCACCCACUCAUGGGGCGAUACUGGAUUUGCCGCAUUACGUACAUGAAGGAGCGGGUCCUUACCCCUUAAAAGUCUCGGCAGGCUCAGACCCACUUUACCGCUUUUGAAAAAGGUGCCACGUAGCGCCGAAACACACAUUGAGUGAGAUGCCGGAUUUAGGCUUUUUUAAUUCACUCUGGGUUCUUGUUGAUAGCUCUGCCAUUGUAGUAUAGAACAAGUAUGAUUUAGGAAGUUCGAUAGAUCUUUGAACAAGGGUUUAUUUCAAACCUUUUUAUUACCUUCGGGCUAAUACUUUGUUUUCCACUUUGUGUUUAUUGGUACUAGGGUUGCUUAUACUUCUGCAAGUUGAUAUAUCUGGUAGUGUAAACCUACAGAGGGAUGGUUUACUAAUACCCACUGAAGACGCCUAUACCAUUAUACACUAUAUUGCGACUCUUGACAAUUUUUUAGCAUAUAUACCAAUUGAAAAAAGAUUUAUUUAUUUUCAUUUCAUUGACAUCUCCUAUACCGUGGGUUCUGAGUAAUUUAACUCAUGGGCACACCCUCUGUUGGCUUGUGUUGGGAGCUGGAGUUUGGCUCUCCCUCCUAAUAACACCAACUUUUGGGAUUUUUCUAUUGCAUAUUUCUUUGGGUUAUGCCCAUUUUCUCUGUCUAUUUAGUCCACUUUUGACUUCAGGGUCAGCAUAGUCUUACUCUGCAGUCAUCUUCCUUUCUACGGGUCCAUGUAUGUAUCUGUAUGUUAUUGUGUGUAUCUGCAUGUAUGUCAGUGUGUUUGUUUAUGUGUUAGUGUUUUUGUUUAUCUGCAUGUUUGUCAGUGAGUGUAUCUGUGCAUCAGUGUAUGUAGGUGUGUCAGUGUGUAUCUGCAUGUGUCUGUGUAUGCACUUGUGUGUCUGUGUCUCUCUCUAUGUAUGUCUGUACCUGUGUAUGUGUGCAUCUCCAUGUAUGUUAGAGUUUGCAUCUGUAUGUGUGUUAGUGUUUGUAUUUUGUCUCAGUAAGAAAUGAGAGGGCUAAGUGUGUGUUUUUUUAUUUUUGUGUGGGCGUUGAUGGUGUGAUUGCAUGCUAGGAAAGGGAAAGGGAGGGCUAGGUCAACGGGCCCCAAUCAAAUACCUGCCCAGGGUUCAAUCAGUAUUAAAGACAGCCCUGGUUGCAUGUGCUGCUCACCUGCGAAUUCAGUCAGGAGAAGCAGGGAUAAAAUGUAGCUUCCUAUCCCUGCCUCUCUCCACAAACAGCGCCACCUACUGGUCGGUGCCGGUAUUGCAGUGGGGGGGGGCAAGUGCCGCGGCAAUGCUCAGACUUCGCGAGAGGAACCCGACUGAGCUGCUGGCUAGAGCUUCCCGGGUCCUCUCCUGCCUCCCUCCCUGCCUGUGGGCCGGUGAGGGAGAUCAUUGAUUAUCUAUCUCCCUCCAGCACCUAAAUAUGCAUACCUCCGAGAUGUGAAUUUGGAACUUUGUUUUCUUCGGAAUUGGCCGAAUGAUGAGGAUCUUUUCCUUCGACAAGUCUCAGCAAAACUCACUCUUCUACUUUGCCUUGUUUUCUUCUGCAGGAUCUCUGAUGUCCUUUUCCAUUUAGCCAAAUGGAGUAACCUUCUCCAUCUCCAGACGGACAGAAUCUGACUCUUCUACGUUUUUUUACCCGUAUUUCCACGACCUUCCCAAACUCUGUGUGGUUUCUACUCUCUCCCUUUAUUUAGAGAUUAAUUCUCCCCUCAGCCUCUCCUCAUCAGGUCAACUUUUAAUUUCCUACGUGUGCCCUUACAAACCAGUCUCUACCACCAUCUUGGCACGAUGGAUCAGGUGGUUACUAUCGUUAGCGUGUGUCGACCCCUACUUUGGUGCACACUCUGUUACAGGUGCGGCAGCCUUGGGAGUCGUUCUGGCAGGUGCUUCACUUUCUGAUAUUCUACGUUCUGCGGACUUGUCACAAGAGGACACCUUUCAUUGGUUCUAUUUUUGUCCUCCUUUACAUGCCUCUAUGGCAUUAAUUGAGAAGCGUUAAAACAGCAAAAUAUGAAGCCUCCUGCCAUGUAAUAAAAUUGUAGAUUAUGCUAGCUUUAGUGUACAGAUAAUCUUAAUUUUAUUAAUGACAGGAGGCGAAUAUUUCCCGCCCAUUUUAUUUCCCUUCCCUUCUUUCUAUAGGGAGUUGACUUUUAGGAGAAGGUGGGUAUCUAUAUCUGAUCAGUUUUAAUCUUGCAUUUGUAUUUCUUGUCUAUUAACUUGCAAGGUAGCCUUAAUUAUGAACAUAGUGAGGUGCUUAUUCCUGUAAAGUUUACAUGCGUUUUACUAGUCCAUUUCCUAGAUUAAUUACUUUUUUCGAUUUUGUUCUCUCGUUUCAGUUUAAAGUUCCCUACAGACGCCAAGCUUGAAGCAGAUUAUCCGUCUGGUUAUUGUUUUUCCUUUCACCUUAUUUUCUUCACCUGUUCCGUUCUGGUCUCUUUGGUUGCCUAUCUCUACUCUGUUCCUGUUUCAUAUUAUUUUGCAGCUUGAAAGAGGAAGUGACAAUAGAGGAAGCAAGUUUUGUUGUCUCUGUUGUUUUUUCUGAUUGGUUAACCUGUUGCUAAGCAAACUUGUGCUGCUGUAGAGUUUAGUAAAGAGAGUUAAGCAAAAUAUUUGCCUCCUGAUUAUAUGUACACUAAAGAUAGCAUAAUCUACAAUUAUCGGUUCUUCCGAUUAUUAAAGGAUCACUAUAGGGUCAGGAACGCAAACAUGUAUACCUGACCCUAUAGUGUUAAAACCACCAUCUAGCCCCCCCCCUAGGCCCCUCAUGCCUCCAUAAAUAUAGUAAAAAAUCUUACUGUAUUCAGGCCUGAAGCUGUAACUCUGCAUGCUGUUUGCCUAAAAAAAACCAAAAAAAAAACAGGCAGUCUGCUGACAUCAUCAGAAGUGGUAGCCUGAUCCAGUCACAGUGCUUCCCCAUAGGAUUGGCUGAGACUGACAAAAAGGCAGAUCAGGGGCAGAGCCAGCAUGAUUCAAACACAGGCCUGGCCAAUCAGCAAAUCCUGAUAGAGAUGAAUUGAAUCAAUGAAUCUCUAUGAGGAAAGUUCAGUGUCUGCAUGCAGAGGGAGGAGAUACUGAACCAGGAAGGAUCUCUAACAGCCAUCUAAGUAGUGUCCAGUGAAGUUUUCACUAGGCUGUAAUGUAAACACUGCAUUUUCUCUGAAAAGACAGUGUUUACAGCAAAAAGCCUGAAGGUAAUGAUUCAAUAAGCUGUAGUUGUUCUGGUGACUAUAGUGUCCCUUUAAAUAUUGCAUUCGACUUAUCUCUGAUAAUUGGUCUCACAAUAAUCACAUGCCCUGUCUUUCACAUCCAGAAAUUCCAGCCAUCAGUUAAGGAGGUGCCAUGUGGCAACCUCACGUUAGCAAUCACACUUCUAUUAGUACCAACACUGUAUGUGCUGGGAUCUCGGUGAUCCCAGCAUGUACUGGCUGCCUUAGAGUGAUGGGAGUGUGAUUGCUGACAGCAUUUUUAGUUAAUGCAGGAUUUGUUUAGAAAUUAUGUUUCCUUUUCAAAAUUUUAAAUGUACAGAAUAUCAGCAAUCAGCCCGAAAGGUGACCUUUAAAUUGUAUUGGCAUUGACUCUGCAGAAAUUAUAUCAGUCAGUCCCAAGUUUGUACCUCCUGUAUUAAAGGACCACUAUAGGCACCCAGACCACUUCAGCUUAAUGAAGAGGUCUGGGUGGCAGGUCCCUCUAGGAUUAACCCUUUCUGCUAUAAACAUAGCAGUUUCAGAGAAGCUCGAGGAGCUUCUCACUGAUUUUCACAGUGAGAAGACGCCAGUGUCCAUAGGAAAGCAUUGAGAAUACUUUCCUAUGAGACACGCUGAAUGCGCGCACAGCUCAUGCUGCACAUUCGCAUUCAGCUGAUGACGGCAAAGUAGGAGGAGAGUCCCCGGUGCUGGAAAGAAGGUAAGGGAUUAACCCCUUCCUCCCCCUAGAGCCCGGCGGUAGGGGGACCCAGAGGGUGAGGGGGACCCAAGGACCCUAUAGAGUCAGGAAAACAAGUAUGUUUUCCUUGCACUAUAGUGGUCCUUUAACUCCAUCGUGAUCACAGUAAUAACUCCAUCAUGAUCUGGAGCUCAGUUAGUCAGAGUGCAUGCUUGGAAUCUCUGGUUCCUGCCUGUGAUUUAUCAAUAAGAGCUGGACCACAAUGGAGCAAUUAUUGUGGUAUGUACCUGCUGGAGCUUCCUCCUCUGAUCCUGUCCUUCAUAUAACAGCUGUGUUUCUUACCAGGGCUAAAAGUACCAAAAAACUGCCCUCCAAACACACACAGAGCAGCAUGUCCUAGUUGUCCAGGAAUAGUAAUUUCCCAUCCCUGCAUUAAGUUAACAUCUUAUUUAUCAGAUAAUCUUUUUUCAACCUAGAUUACUUCGUAACCAUGGCCUCAAUUCAAUAAGCUUUUCCAAAUAAUUCAAUACUGACCGUUCUGAAACAUUUCAGAUGCUCAUUAAAGGGACUCUCCAGUGCCAGGAAAACAAACCGUUGCUGAAGCGGUUAAAACCCCUUCAGUGACUUACCUGUAUCCAGCGCCGAUGUCCCUCGGCCCUGGGUCAGGGUCUGCCCACGCUCCUCCCCCUGCCGAUGUCAUCCGGCGGGGGAGACCUAUUGAGCGUAUGCGGCAUUAGACCUCCCCAUAGGAAAGCAUGGGGAAUUCAGCGUGAGGACUUCCAGCGACGUUAUAACACACUUUUCGUGUUCUAUGAGACAGCCACUAGAGGACGACUUAACCCUUCAAGGUAAAUAUUGCAGUUUAUGAAAACUGUAAUAAUUACACUUGCAGGGUUAAGGGUAGUGGGAGUUGGCACCCAGACCACUCCAAUGAGCAGAAGUGGUCUGGGUGCCUGGAGUGUCCCUUUAAAUUGAUGCAAUUAUCUUGUGUAAAUAAAAUUCUUUAAUAUUUUUCCAAAAGAUUUUUACUAUUAUAUAAAUGUAUGUCAGGAAGUCAAGCUUAGGGCAGCACUCAGAAGGAGUGGGCAUUGUGUACUCGAUAGGUAGAUGAGAUAAAUGUAAGACUAGCAUGUAUUAGCGCUUAUUGUGAAAAAUUCUAUACAAAUGUGUAUAUCAAAUUUUAAAUAAUUCAUUUGCUAUCACACUGUGAUGUGUAAUCUUCACACAACCCAACUUAAAACCAUGAACCAAAACACAGUGUAGUGCUUAUUACCAAUUAAAAAAGGGUUAGACAUGUGGAAACAACAGAAUACCCAGAGACAUAUGUCUUAACAUCAAUGGGAAAAGUUUUAAGUAAAGAAGACUUUAGUGUCACAGGUGUCUUACCCUAACAGGAAAGAGGAAACCCACAAAAGAUGGAUCCAAAAGACGUGUUACCGAGCCUUUGAUUGGCCGGACUUAAUGUAUUAAUAUAGCGAGAAUCAAGGUUAAGAAUUAAUCAAGAUGGACAAACUGUUGUGGGCUGAAACAUUGUUUUUCUGCUCCAAUAAAUUCUGCUCCAAUAACUUUGCCCACUGGAUUUAAGUUGAGUGCCUGGACCAUCAUUACUUUUUUGCAAGAGAAUAAAUCAAGGUCAGGAUACGAGAAAUCACAAAUCAAAUACGAAGCCGAGGUCAGGAUACCAGAAAUCACAAGUCAAAUAUGAAGGUCAAACAAAGGAAAUCAUAAGAGAAUCUCUGGGAGCACUAAACAUGGAUCUAACAAGAAAUCACGAAAGCGCAAAGAAUAAGGGCCAAAGCAAGCCUUUAAUAGGCUUACCUGUGUACUGUUUGGUCCACAUCAUCAUUGUGACUCAAAAUAUUUUAGAAUCGCAAUGAUGACGUGGUCAGUUUGAAAAAACAGGCGUGACAUCAUGCCUACACUCUAUAUAAGGAUGUGAUGCAGCGCAGCCGCAUGGAUCGGCUGGACCGCGCGGCAGGAGGAGGGGAGUACAUUAGAGUAUGCCACAUGGUCAGACCGUCUGGCAGCAAGAGUGCUGGGCAGUUUAAGGGAGUACAUGUCACACUUAGUACCUUUAAAUAAACAAAGAUAAAUACAAUAGUGUAUAACCCAGUGAAUAAAUAGCAUAAUAAUAGAUGAAACAAUUGAACAGUCACACUUUCAUGAGCUAAAACACUUAGCUCUGGUGGGAACAGCUUUGGAAUCCGUAGAGGCGACCCUUCCCUUCUUUAUACUGGAAAUUUUCUUAAUGAGUCCUAAACAUUAGUUCAGAAAAGAUAUGGACAUAGAGUAAAAGAGUAGUGUACAGAAACCUCCAACAGGUUCUUCACAAAUGGAUACUCACAAAGGCAGAGCCUAUUCCAGGCUCUAUAUACAGUGCAGUGUAAAGUUUAGGGACUACAUUCCCUUCUAUCUCAGUAGCAGGAACAAGAUGCUAAGUAAUAUUAAAAAAAAUUACUGUUUAUUAAAUAUGACACCUUAACAAAUUUGCAAACAAAUAGACUCUUGCUAUUGCCUGGAUGUGUUUUGCCACUUAACAGUUGGGCAAUUUGUGCUGAGAGUCUGGAGGUGCUUCGUCCUGCUAAUAUACCCUCUUAAUAGGGGGAUAAUGCCAUCCAGGUUCGGAAAUGCGACGAUGCGCCGGGAGUGCACACCGUUUCAAGCCUCGUUCCCAUCUGGGAUUUUUGUGACGUGGCAGCUACUUCCGUCUCAUCAUUUCCGGUUUGUUCGUUCUGCGUCAUCAUAAGUCUUCUUAUGUGUGUUAGCGGCCAUGUUUGCAUUCCAUAUAGACAUCCUCCCCAGAAAUAAAGUCUCACUGUGUUCCAUUUAUUGUCCUAUUCAAUCUUUUGCUUUGUGAGUCUUUAAAAACUCUCCACAUAUAAAUAAUAGGGAAAAAUGGGAAACAUCAAAGGAUUAUGUAUAUUUGAACACUAAAUAAAAUAAAAUAGAAUAGAAUUACUGGUGAUAAUUAUACUAAAAACUAACAGUUACAGUGACAUAAAAAGUGACCUAAUUAAAAAUCCAUUGCAUUUCAAACUUACUUAAUUUCUGGUCAAAAUUUCCUAACCCCAUUCUUUCUUUUUUAAAGUGCAUAUCCUUAGUGUCACUAUUAUGAUGUGAUUUGAAAUGGGAUGAUACACUAUGUAGUUCAAAGCUUUUGUUAAUUGUGUUCUUCUACCUGGGUAUGUAACACCAUAGUAGUUUGCCUAUGUAGUUAAGACCACAUGGGCAUUGUAGAAGAUAUAUGACAUUUUUCUGAAAGCACGUUAUUAAUUCAUUAGAUAGGAUACAUUGCAUGGUCUGUUAUAAACUCCCUAAGAUGUCUUUUCUUAUCUCCUGUUCUUUUACAAGCUAGACAAUGACCACAUCCAAAAAAAAACGUUUUGGUUAUUAAAAAAAUGUGGGUUGGUCUUUUUCCUCUUUAAUAAAACUUUUUGUUAAAGCGUCUUUAAAAUUAUUAACUCCUCUUUGUAUAAAAGUCGGUUGGUUGGGGAAGAUAGUUUUGAAACUGGGUCCUGUAGGAGUACAGGCCAAAAUGUUGUCACAAUCCCUCUUAUUUUUCUGUUUUCCAAAUUGAAAUCGCAGAUACAAGAGACCUAAUCUGUUGAACGGAUAGUUUUAUCUGUAUAUUGCACUAAUUGUACUCUUUCCUUCGUUCUGAUAUCCGUUCUAGAUUCUUCUAAUUUGGUCUCUUUAUAUUCCUUUUCUAAAAAAUCUAUCUUAUUUUCUAAUUAAAUCUCAUAUGCUCCUUAGUAGUAAGGACAAUGCCCUCUUAAAAUACAUUAAGAAUAUUUCUUAUAUUAUGGAGGUAAUUCUCUUAUAUUUUUAGGAACAUAGAUAUUUAUACUUUUCCCAUUUAGAUCACUGUAACUGUUAGUGUUUAGUGUAAUUAUCGCCAGUAAUUCUGUAGCGGAGAGCAAUGGUAGCAGGGCUUAUUCUCCACUAGUCACAGCUACUCAGGAACAUGCAGGUUACUUCAGGACAGCAGGCAGAAAUACAAUAUGUUAUAUGAAUAGCCCACCACCCUUCCCAAUAACUGGACAACACUAAGUAUUAAGAGCAGAACUGAUCCUUUAAUGGCCAGGCUGGCCUUUUAUGCAAACAUUGCCCCAAAGGUUACCACCCAGGUGGACCUUGUGGGGCACCGAUAAAAAUGUGCAACAACCAGUAAAAACAGUUCAUUUACAAGAAACUCCCAUACACUGUAUACAACCCCUCUCCUCUGCUCAGAGGAUAAUUGAGUUAAUUACUGUAUCAACUCAAUUAUUCCAAAACAGAAAAAUCAUACUAUUCACACUUUUCUGAAAACACCCCAAAACCAUAUCAUACAGUCAUAAUUCCAACAUCCCCUGAUAGCCCCGAUCUGGGGGAGCAACAUUCUGAAAAAUCACCCAGAUCAGUUCAGGGGUUUGAAAGUUUUAUUGAGGUAUUAGUUUUACUGACCGCACACGAGGUGUAAGCCGAGGAUAGUUCCAUGUGUUUUGGCUGUGCGGUCGGUCUCCAUUCGUGGGGUUGAAGUGCACGAAAAUGUAUAACAUAAUGGGUUGUCUAUUUGUUCGUAUGAUUCCCCUCAUUAUUAUUACUCUUUUCACCGAACGCCGCUCUGUUCCCUUGAUUUCCCACGAACUUGUGCGAGGAUGGAAGUCCCUGCGGUGUUCGUGCCUUCGAGUGUCCAAUUUGGGUUCCAGACACUCAACUACCAAACACUGCUGGUGCAUUCAUAUGUAAAGAUGGUGUGACAGAACCGCUGGCACCCCGACCCGGUACCUUCCGCCGACGGAUGCUCCUAGUGCUUUCCGAGGACUCCAAGCACUCUGCAGACCCCACGAACCGCCGCAGGUUGGUUGGGGUCUCGCCGUCUCCACCCACUCUGGACCCAGCUUCCAGCAGUUCGACCUCUCUCCCAAUUCCAGAGAGCAGGAACAGGAACAAGCUCUUAGCAGAGCUUAGUGAUUAUACCCUGGGGAGUAUAGUGAUUAUAGCAGUCCCCAGAGUGUAGUUUCUCCAAUCCCCCAAACAUGAGCCGAAACUUCAUGAAGGUACAAGAUGAUCUGACUCCAAUGAGCGUUUAUUACUGCUUAUAUACACGUUUUCAGGUCAGAGGCACACCCCCUGGACCUGGUGGUAAACUGUGACAAAAGGGACACAAACCAAUGGGAACACUAAUUAACAUAAUAACACUCUCACAUACACAAUGAAAUCCCUCCUCUCCAUCCUGGAGAUAAUUGGCUUAAGGCACUGCAGUAAACUCAAUUAUCUCCAGGUACAGAAAAUAUCUACAUUUUAUACUAACCGCAAAAAUACGUAAAAGUACAUAAAAAUACAUAAUUCUUAUUUUAUGUACAUAAAUACAUAAUUCUUAUUUUAUUUUAUUACACAGAACCCCCACAUUUAACCUAUCCCCAGAUAGCUCGGAUCUGAGCGCCCAAUCUAGGUGAACAGCACUCAGAUCCCAUGAACAGAGUAGAUUUUCCACGGGGUAAAGCAUAGCAAGGGCUAUUGAGAAACCAAGGAGGGACAAAAGCAGUCAGUUCUAACUGGUUUGGCAGUGUGCCUGGGACAACGCCCUGCUGGAGAACAAUAGACAGGAAAUGGGGGUGGGGGAGGGGAAGAAACACACCUUCCCAUGGAUUCCAAUGGGAAGAAACUGUCUUUAGAAGCCAAUAAUCCCCAAAUAUUCUUUUUAAAUGGCAAUACACCCCAGGGCCAUAGUCAUGAGGAAGGAGGCUGGCAAUCAGGCACCUCCAAAAGCCGGGGGCAAAGGGCAGCUUGUCACCUAACAAUCCAGGGACAAAAGGCAUUUCGUCACAGAUGGCCCAGGGAAUACCCAGUUAGUUUGUGCGGUUGGCAAUUAAGGCAGUGUGAAUAACGAUAGGGAGGUCAAUUAGUGCCACGCUCCUCUCCUGGGUGGCCUGGUUGUUCAGUAGUUUGUUAGGUUGUCGAACGAUAUGGCUUAACAUGUGGGAAUAGGAUUCUUACCGAACAACCAGACGAAUGAUAUAAAAGGACAGCUUGUUACUUGUUCCUAUAAGUAACGAACAGUUGCAAAUGAUAUAAAUAAAGCAACAAAAAGGGUUAUGGACAGCCAAGAAUAUAAAAGGUGGAUAGUAGCAAAACCCAUUCCGGCUAUAUUAGCAGGACAAAGCAACUCCAGACUCUCAACACAGACUGGCAAUAGCGAGAGUCUGUUUGCCAAUCUUUUAAUAGUUGUCAUAUUCAAUAAAUAGUUUUUUUGUAAUAUUACUUGGCAUCUUGUUCCUGCUACUGAGAAAGAAGGGAGUGUGGUCCUAAACCACACUGUUUAUAGAGCCUGGAAUUGGCUCUACCUUUGUGAGAAUCCAUUCGUGAAGUAUUUGUUGGAGGUUUCUGUACACUACUCUAUUAACCUAUGUCCAUAUCUUUUCUGAGCUAAUGUUUAGGACUCAUUAAGAAAAUCUCCAGUAUAAAGAAGAGAAGGGUCACCUCUACGGACCCCCAAGCUGUUUUCACCAAAGCUAAGUGUUUUAACUCAUGAAAGUGUGAGUAUUCAAUUGUUUCACCUAUUAUUAUGCUAUUUAUUCACAUGCUUAUACAGUAUUGUAUUUAUCGUUGUGAUACUAAGCUUUUCUUUACUUAAAGAUUUUCCCAUUGAUGUUAAGACAUAUGUCUCUAGGUAUUCUAUUGUUUCCACGUGACUAACACUUUUUAAUUGGUAAUAAGCGCUACACUGUUUUUUGGUAGGUGGGAUAAAGGGCCCAGCGUGACCGGGUCCCUUUAAUGUUGGCAGUGCUAGGAGGAAAUGACUUCAUGUUACAGAUUGCACUAGCUUUGAGAAUGGAUGAGGCUCAGACAGGGAGAAAGAAGCGCACUGUAGACACCCUGGACAGGCUCAUACUUCCAUCUCCCUCAACAAACCAGUCCAGGAAGUCCUCAAACCUCUAGGCGUUAUUUUAGCCUUGAGAUAUUUUUCAUGGGUAAAAACUUCCCAUUUUAUCUUAAUUACUCUACUAAAUAAUUUUUCUAAUUGGUCUACCAUGAGAUCUAGAUUGUCACUUAAAAUUAGUUCUUCCUCUGCAUGAGGUUCGUCACAUUUAAAUUUUUGUAUUGCGGACUUGAACUCUGAUUUGUAUUUAAUGAUUUUGAAAUGCUGUCAGAAAGGGUAAAAACCAGUUUAAACGCAAAACAGAGGGGGGCUACAGGAAGGGUGUAAGAGAAGGAUGUUCUAGUACCUAAUGCCAAUGCCAAAACUAGUCUUAGAAUCAUUAACUUAUCACAUACUACUCUCAAUAAGGACCAUCUCUCUUUACUAGAAAAAGGUUUGUCAUUUGUCCCGGUUCCUCUCUUUAAUACAUUUUUAUGGGUGAAAGAUCUGCAUCUAUUUGCACGUAAACUAGCACUCCAUAAAUUCCAUCAGAUUAGCAAGGAGAAAAAAAGUAAUCGGAAUGUCAACUACUGAAUAUGAUUGCCUGACUACCCUGGUGGAAUUAUGGGAAGAAAACUAUGAGGUCAAUUCUCCAAUUUAUACUGACCUCAAACCAAAGAGCCGGUUCACUCCACACCUAGGCAAUUAUAGAAAUAUCGAUUUAUUUCUAGAGACAAUGAAAGAUUAAAUUGAAAAAAAUCAAUAUUAGAUCUCUAGAUUAUGUUCCAAAUAUGAAUUUGUCUAAACAAGAAAAGAGAGCUUUAAAAUCUCUGAAGACAAUGACGAACUUAUCAUCAAACCGGCAGACAAAGGGGAUAACAUUGUAGUUAUGGAUUUGAGUAACUACACGGAAGUGGUAAUGAAGGUUCUAGAAGAUACAACAACUUAUAAGAUCUUGAAGUCCGACCCUAUGGACACUUUCCUUACAGAAUACAAAGAGAUUUUGGACCAGGGCCAAAGUGGGGGGUUGCUAUCGGGUGACGAGUUUGAAUAUAUCUUCAAUCGUCGCCCGAAGAUAGCAACCUUCUACUGCCUGCCAAAGGUCCAUAAGAACCUUCAAACUCCCCCAGGGUGCCCUAUCGUCUCUGGCAUUGAGAAUAUGACCCAAAAUGGGAGUAUUUACAUCGAUCAAAUUUUAAGACCUUUUGUUGAGGGCCUUCCCUCUUAUUUAAAAGACACAAAACAAACCCUUGCCCUCCUCUCUAAAUUAAAAAUCCCCAAGUCGGCUAAAUUAUGCAGUCUGGAUAUUAAGGCACUAUAUUCUUCCAUCCCUCAUGAAAAUGGAAUUCAACAUGUAAAAUACUUUUUGGAACAAAGAGGGGAUCAACAUAAUUUCCAUACAAACUUUUGUUUAAAACUUCUCGAAUUCAUACUGACCCACAAUUUCUUCAUCUUUAAGAAUAAAUUCUACCACCAAGUGAGGGGCACGGCGAUGGGGACAGCUUGUGCCCCCUCCUAUGCCAACCUCCAUCUAGGCUGGUGGGAGGAAAAGCUUAUUCAAUCUAAAGAUAUUGCUAAAUACCUCCCUUCCAUCUUUUUAUGGCGUCGCUACAUUGACGACGUCCUACUAAUUUGGCAAGGAACUAAAGAAGACUUUUUUGAGUUUAAGAUCCUCAAUAUUAAUGACGGAAACCUAAGAUUCACGUGUGAGUUUGGGGGUCAAAGCCUUAAUUUUCUCGAUCUAAAGAUUUCUAUUACAGAUCAUGAUACGAUACAAACCACAUUAUUUAAAAAACAAUCAGCAUCUAAUAAUCUUUUAAGAUGGGAUAGCUUCCAUCCCAAAUCACUCAGAAGAGGUAUCCCCAUAGGUCAAUACCUCAGAGUUAGAUGUAAUUGCAGCUCGAUCGAGGAAUUUAUCAAAAAGCAAAAAUCCUCCCAACAGAUUUCAGGGAAAAAGGAUAUCCUAAUAGAUACCUUAAUCAAGCCUAUCAGCGAGCAAUAGCAUCUGACCGUGAUACCCUGUUAGGUGAAUCCAAUAAUACCUCUCAAAAGGAUUCAAAUAUCAUCCGCCUCAUAGGUACCUACGAUGCAGGCUGGAGUAAGGUUAAAGAUUCCCUUCAACGUUUCUGGCCAUUACUCACAGGCGACGAACACUUAAAGCAGAGAUUAACCCCGAACGCAACUAUUACAGCAUGGAGGGGGAAAAAUGUACGUGACAUACUGUCCCCUAGCCACCUGCAGCUGAAGCAGCCCACUACAUGGCUUUAGAAUCCUGUGGUGGGUAGUUUCGGAGGCGGUAGAUGUGUCACCUGUAAGUAUAUUAAAAGAGAUUCAAAAAAGGUGAAAGACAGUGAGGAUCUAGAGGAAUUUACGAUCACGUCUUUCUUCAACUGUAACACUAGUGGGUUGGUAUAUUUACUCACCUGUCAGUGUAACCUAAAAUACGUCGGUAAGACCUUUAGGCCCUUUAAGAAACGGAUCCAGGAACACGUAAGAUCUCCCAAAAAUCCAAUGGAUACUCCCAUUUCUAGACACCUCAGGGAAUGCCAUAACGGUCUGGAGCUUGUGAAAAAAAGUGCCAGAAGGGGUGACUAUGAUAAAUUUUUAAGACAAAGAGAGUCCUUCUGGAUUUAUAGAUUAAAAACUUUGAGCCCCAGAGGACUCAAUGAAGGAUUCUCUUUUUCGCCCUUUCUGUAAAUCCAUGGAACUUUGUUACAUUUUUUACAUUAAUUACAUAAUUUACAUCUGUCCCCUUGCAUUUAAAACUGUAAAAUCUCUCUAUUCCAUAUAAUCAUGGGACAAGCUCAAUGUUUUGAUUUAACUCAUAAGAUUAUCAUUUGUUAAUUUGUUUAUUUACUUAUCUUUUCCAAAACUAGUGUACACCUUAAUAUGGACCUUUUACUGUGCCAAUACCCUUCUCUAUCCGAGAAAGAUAAAAAUUCACCUUUUUAUACACUUAUGUGUUUCUUUUUUAUUUCUUGGAUCUGGAUAGUAUAAUAAUUUAGGCCUAUUAGGGAUACUAAGUUUACUCCCAAUUCAAUUGAACAAAAUUAGGGUUUUGAUUCCCCCUUCUUCUGCUCUGUUUAGUUCAUAUAGUGGUUUAACAGUGUGUUUAUUUUGACAAUUUCCAAUAACAUAUGGCUGUUAAACACACUCAUAUCGUUUUUUGCCACAUAUCUAAAUAAAUAAAUUUCUGCUUAUAAUGUAUCCAAAGGUUUAAGUACUGCUGGAGACAGUGAAUACAAUUUGUAUCCUCUGUCUGCCGGUUAACUUGCACGGCAAUGUUGUUUAUAUUGUGAGGUUUAGGUCUGACGAGCCACCAUCCAGAUGACGUCACUACCUGAUGACGUAUUGAUUGGAGGUGUGUCUCUCCCCUCCCUUUAAAAGGUGGGUUGCCGAUCGGGCAGCUUGUACUCUUGACCAAGGCGCCUAAGAGCGCCGAAACGCGCAUCGAGUUCUGAUGCUUCCUUUUUUAUUUUGGGGCAGCUCCUUUGCGAUAUGGCUUUAUAGUUAGACUAUGGGGAUUUUUUAGAGACAGGUAGUCCAGUACAUUUCUGAUGACUUUGUAUGCCUGCAUUAGGGACUCCUAGCUAUUAGGUACUUAAGUCCAUACUUUUUCGGUCCUAUCGGCAUUUUAAUAAGAGAUUCUUUUUAGUCUAGAUUUUGGAUGAUUGUGUCAGGGACCCUUAGUUAUUAGGCAAUCAAGCCAAUAUUAUCUUGUUCCUGCGUCAUCUCAAAAAGGGAUUCUAUUCAGUCUAGCUAGGACUAGAGUCUCUACUCACGUGUUUUAUAAUACUCUGUUUAAGGGCAAUUUACAACUUAGGGAAUUAGACUAUUUCUCGCUAAGGGUUGUAUAGAUUUGUUAAGGGCUCUUUCUUAGGAGCUUUCCCUAAGGGUAUACCUGUUAAUAUUUUGCCCAACAGAUACUUACCUCUACUUUAAGCCUUUGCAAUUAAUGAUAUAGAUAUAUCCAAAGAGCUCUCCCCCCCCCCCUCACCCCUUAUUUUUUCCUUUCCUUCUUCCCUCCUUUUAAAUUACUUUACACUUUUUGGUUUUAUUUAAUAAGAGUUUUUGGUUAUUUGUGUUAAGGAGUCUAGAUGACUCGAACAAGAAAUAAUUUAAUAAAGAUUGUUCUUUUAUUCUCUUAUUUCAUACCUAUCUAUCUUACUUUAAACUCUAUGGGUUAACAUUAUUCUCUGUGGGUAUACCUCCUGAGUUGUCUAUGAGAGAUAGGGCUGUAUGCCUUUUUUUUCUCUUGACUUCCCUGAGGCAAUUUUUCUCUAAAAACCAGUUUAGAAAAAUUUAAAAACUCUAUAAUCCUAAAUAAGAAAAAGAAGUUUAAGAGGGAUGUAGAUGACUAUGCGAAUGAUAGAGUAAGAAAGAUCCCUAAAAACAAUAGUAAGGAUCAGAGCCAGUCCAGAGCUCCAUACAAAUCAAACUAUCAGAGACAUGAAAGGAGGUAUUAUAAACCUCUAAACUAUGAGAACAAAUAUUAUAAACCUCAUAAUCAGUCCUACCAACCCAAGAUAAAAACACCAGCUCAGACUGGAAGCAGAACAUAUUCUUGUACAAAGAAGAAAGAUAAGCCCCCAGACAACCAGAUCAGCAAGGCCUAAAAUAUUCCAAAGAACCCCAUCUAGACCUGAUGCAAAACCAAGAAGGGAGCCACAAUAUAAAAGAGCCUAUAGAGUUGAAGAAAGACCUUUUCAUAUCCCUACUAGAAAUAGAUUUGAAAGAUUAAGAAAUGAAAAUGAGGAGGUUUUUUUAUACCAGAUAUGGAGGAGAAAACCCUGAAAAGGCAAAGAAUACUAGAAGAGGAAACAGAGGAGGGAGAGAUAAGUCAAGAAAGGAAAAGGAUAGUAAUGAGAUAAAAGUUUUUAACUUGUCUAAAUUAACAUUAUCUCCAACCCAAAUAAAAAUUUUAACUAGAGGGUUUAUGUAGCAGAGAGCUGAUUUCCCACAGCCUAUUUCCGCUGGUAUCCUAGAAUGGCUCAGGAACAAGUAGUAAAUCCAAUAGGGUAACAAGCACAAUCAGCAAGGCAAUCCAGUAAUAUCCCAUCACCUUUCCCAAUAACUGGACGACACACAGUAUCAGGAGUAGAACUUAACUAACUUUUAAUCACACAACCCCUGCUUUUAUGCAAUGCUCCCGUGCAUUUUAAUCACACAUCUCCUCCCAUCAGCUUAUCUGUUAACAGAAUUAAAAUGUACAUAUUUUUCCCCAAGUUCUAGAUGUACCCCAAAUACAAAGGGUACACCCCUAAAUGGGGUAUCCCCUGAUAGCCCUGAUCUGGGUGAAUAACAUAUUCAAAAACCACCCCGAUCUGACCAGGGGUUUGGGAGUUAUGGGGGUUAAAAAGUUAGGUGGGAUCCCUUUAGGACCACUGAAGCAUGGCUUUCCAGCCCAAACUUUCUAGCCCAAACCAGUUCAAACUAGUCUGGCAGUGUGCCUGGGACAACGCCCUGCUGGAGAACAAUGGGACAGGAAACGGGGGAAGGGUACAGCUUCCUAUACACAAUCUAUACACAGUCUAAUAGAAGUUCAUACAAAAACCUUUUAUGUGCAAAUAAAAAAUUAUGAAGGAAAUGUGUUGGACAGCCAGAGGGGUUCUGCUACAGUUUAAAUAUGCACCAAGUUGUCCAAUAAAUAAAUUUGAAGCUUUUAUAGAUAUUAAUAGAUUUAUGAGAAAAUGCUGUCUUAAAAAUUUUUUUAUGGAAAGAAACAGGAAGCAACCUUAGAGAUGACUAAUGAUGAUAACAUGACUAAACAGACAGAUUUUAAGAAAAAAAAUCAAAGUUUUAUCAUGAAUUUUUAAAAACCCAAAGUAUGAGAGUGUUUGAAAAAGCAUGUUUAGACAAAUUAUAUAAAAUAAAACCUCUCACUAAAUACGAUCAAAAUCUGACCUAUAAGGAGAGGCUAGCUAUUAAACAAUUGAAACAAAAGAGCUCAAUUGUAAUAAAACCCGCUGACAAGGGUGGAGGAGUAGUCAUUUUGGAUAAAGAUAUAUAUUUAAUGAAAUUGAAGAUUCAGUUUUAACCCAGCUUUCUCAAUACAUAGACUACUUCCUCCAACCACUCGUGAAAUCCUGUCCAGCCUAUUUAAAAGAUUCGAUGAGUCUUCUAAAUAUUUAAAACGAGUAUAAGUGGGAACAAGGAUAUUUUUUAGUCACAUGUGACGUGACGAGUCUAUACACUAUUAUUGAACAUCAAAGGGGGCUUGAAGCUGUCAAGUUUUAUCUUAAAGAAUCCAGGGAAUUUACAGAAGUACAAAUUUUAUUUUUAAUUAAAGGGAUUUUAAUGAUCUUAACCAAUAAUUAUUUCUGGUUCCAGAAUGAUUUUUAUCUUCAAAUUCGAGGAACAGCUAUGUUCGAGGAACAGCUAAGUUAUGCCAAUCUUUUCAUGUCAUUUUGGGAGAGAACUUUUAUUUACCAAGGACAUAAAUAUGGGGCAAACUUGGUCCUCUAUAAAAGAUAUAUAGAUUAUGUUUUUAUGGUAUGGAAAGGGACAGAGCUUGAAUUUAAUUUAUCUUAACCUCAACGAAUGGGGAAUUCAAUUGACUAAAAACAUCAGUUCUACCUCAAUAGACUUUUUGGAUCUUAACAUUUUUAUUUCCAAUAAUCAGGUCAAAACCAGAACUUUUUUUAAACAAGUUGAUAUUAACAGUUUUAUUGAUAUGAAAAGUUGCCACUAUGACCCUUGGCUAUGUAAUAUACCAAAGGGUCAAUUCCUACGUUUGAAACGAAAUUGCACAGAACAAAAAGAUUUUAACAAUCAGGAUUUUUAUUAUUCAAGUAACAUAGGUAUCCUUUAAAAGGCCAUCAAUAAAAACUGGCAUAUUCUUCAGCAGGAACAUGACGUUAAAGAAUUUCUGGUACAGAAGCCAAACUUUAUUUUUAGAAGUGCUAGGAAUUUAAAGCAAAUUUUAACCUCCAGUUAUAUAAAUGGGGAAGAAAAACAAACAUUUAUAGAUGAUUGGUCAAAGAAACAAAAAAGGCUUUUUCCACUGUGGAAACUGUAAUGCCUGUAAAAGUACCAGUUUUAACAAGAAAAAGAAAGAAACUUUUCACCUGUAACUAACAAACAAUAAAACAAUAUUCUGUACCUGCCUUCAUUUCAUGUGAAUCAAACAAUUUCAUUUACCUGUUAGAAUGUAAAUGCGGUCUACAAUAUAUAGGGAAAACCUCUAGAUCUUUAAAAAUCCAUAUAAAUGAACAUAUCAGAAACAUAAAGAAAGGUUUUCCGAACCAUAUUGUAUCCAAACACUUUUUAGAAAUACACCAGUCCAAUACUAAAAACCUAAAGUUUAUGGCUAUUCAAAAGGUUUCAAAUAAUUGGAGAGGUGGUGACAACGUCUUAAACCUUAGUAAAAAGGAAAGUUCCUGGAUUUGUGACCUAUAAACACUACACCCAAAGGGGUUAAAUUUAGAUUUUGACAUUGGUCCCAUUUUAUAAUUUAAUCUGUCAGCACUCUUCUAGUACCAUUUAAACUCUGAUUUGUAUUUAAUGUUUUUUGCACUAUUGAUUAAUGUUCAUCCCAUUUUAUUAUCAUUUAAAAAAAAUUUAACCCACUUUUUGAUGCCUAUUAUGCUGCUCAUUAAUGCUUAAUGAGUUUUCUAUAUACAUAUAUAUUUUUAUUAUGUCUUAUUUUUAUAUUUAAUUAUGUAUUGUAUUUAUUUACUAAAGAUGUGCUUUUUUCCCUUGCCCUCUCCUUUUUCUUCUAUGCCAAUUAUGAGUCAUAUUUAGCCACUUGCUAUGGACUCUAUACAAGUAGCCAAUCAUAUCUUCAGAAAGAAAAAUUGUUCCACCCUUUACUCAGAUGACUCGAACCGGAAACAACAUUAUUUAGAUGACGCGAACCGGAAAUUAUGUCCUUUCAACACACUACCGGAAGUCUCUAUUAAGGUGACGGAAACCGGAAGUGAUGUCCCGGCUUACCGUCAGAAGUCACAUGAUCGGACACGGACAUCCGAAAAACAUGGCCAUAGUGAGGAGGUCAACUGGCAUAGACUUGAUAGAACAAGGACUCCAUUUUAGAAGGGGAAUAAGGACCAGAAUCACCUUAUAUGGACUUUGAUAGGCGGGUUUUUGGAUUUUACACAUGUAUUUUUUAUUUUUGUAUUAGGUAUAUAAACAUGUCAUUGGUAUGUACCAUUAUUGCACCUGAGGAAGACCAAGAGAGUGGUCGAAAAGUGUUGUGCUUAUUUAUCAUUUAUUUAAAAUAAAGAUUUUAUUUAUACUUUUAUUUUGGUUCCUGAUUUUAUCCAGAUGGAAUUUGACUUCUGUUCCUGGGGGACCAUCAUAACCACAGCAUAGAUUCUGGAGUAUUCUACACACCAUUACAGUAGAGAGCCGACUUAUAUGGCUCUCUAGAUUGUGAGUGCUCCAAGUUAACUUUACAUUAUAUAUUGGUUAUAUGCAUAUUGCCCUAUGAUAGUUUUUUAUAUAUUACAGAUUUUACUACCAUUUAUCCACUGUGUGCGCAAAACCUCCUCUUCUUUUAUCCAACUGUAUGUAUGUAAGUGUUUUUAGGGUGACUAAAACACUGGUUUGGUUUUAGACACACUGGGACAUACUUUUAUAUUUCUAUAUAUAUACUGUUUAGCGCCACUUACCCACUUUUUGUGUCUUUUAAAAACCUGCAUUUUGUUUUAUCUUAAUACCAGGGGAUGCAUGUUUGUAACAUAUCAAACUCAUUCUUUGAGAAGAUCUGUAACUCUUGAUACGCAAGCAGUAAAGCAGGAGAAACUGAAAUCAUACAUUUACGUGUAUUCAGGUUCAGCUGAGCAGAAUAAUUUGCAAGGUAAGACACUUAUUUGGAUGCUGUUGUCAUUGUCAUGUAUUAUAGUGAUUUCUAUCAUACUCUUUAGUAAAACAGAACUAUAAUUGGUAAAUAAUUAUGCUAUUAUUGAUUUUCAGUUUAAUUGCUUAACCCAGUGUGAUAUUUCUUAUACUUAAAAAAAAUAACAUAAAAAAGUGAUACAUGAUGAUUGCAUUUGUAAAGUUUUAUUCCACAGUCUUGAUUUGCCAAACUCACUUAUUUAACAAUGUACUCUAUUAUUAUUGUUUUUAUAUUUAAUUUUUUGGUUUUGUAUCAGUUUCAAUAGUCAUAGAUUUUACUUUUUAGGUGUUCAUUGUUGAGCUCUAUUUGCCUUGACCUGUUUCUUUUUAUUGUUGUUUGUUUGUUUUAAUAUUUUGUGAAGUAUAAUUCUUAUUUCAGUGUAGUACCCUAAAAGAUUCCUUAUUUUGUUGUAUUAUUGUGAUUACUGAUGUUUGUUCAUUAGUAUUUUUGCUUCAUAGUAUAAUAAUGUUAUUCGCUUCACCUUCACCAUGGUUUUAAUGUUGUGGCUGAUCAGUGUAUAUGCACUACUACUGUCUUUUAGAUAAAAACCAGUGGGCUUGGAGUUAAUUGUGUGCCAAGGUAUUUGAAUACUUUAGCUUAAUGAACCAGUUUUGGUGUAUAGAUCAUGCCCCUGCAGUCUCACUCCUAAAUUCUCUGCCAUUCAGUAGUUUAAUCACAUUUGUUUCUGUCCAUGGAGUCCUCGCCACACCUCUCCUGGCUAUGAAUUAAACAGCCUGCAUGAGCAAAAUAGUUUAAAUUUCAAUCACAUGUUAACUUACUUUAAAUGUUUUUAUCUCCUGCUCUGUAAAUUGAAAUUUACUCAUAAGGCUCCUGCAAGGUCUAGAAGGCUAUUAACAGAGCAAAGAGAUAAGACAUUCUCAAUUUAAAAAAAAUGGCAAUAAAGGAAGCUUGAACAUUUCAUGGCUGUAUACAGGAAGUAUUUAGGAAUGCUGUGUGUAAGCAUCCAUGCCCGCUCUCCUCCUCUCUUUCCUCCCCCCCCUCUCGCCCUGGAUUUCACUCAGCUGCUGGGGAACGAGACCAGUUGUCUCCCCUCCCAAUAACUCACACUGCCGAUGGGUAAUGAGAACGAGUCUCGGUUCCCAUGAACUCCCACUGCCACAGGGUUGCGAAGUCCAUUGAGUCUCCAGUCUCUGGAACAUGCGGCUGUGCUGUUUCGAAUAGUCACCUGUAGUCCUACUCAAUCUGCCACUCCAGGUUAACCAGAUGGGUCAGAUCAGGCUGUAGUUCUGCUAUUUCAGCAAGGUCCAAGAGGUCUUCCUAUGGAACUUUCCUUUCCCCUCUCUGUUAGACUUUCACCCAAUCUCCACUCCUUCAAGAAAUCUUUGAAAACUUACUUCUUCAGGAAAGUAUCAAUUAAACUGUGAACAGUGUUCUCUCCCUGCACCUUGAUUCCUCUCCUGCAACUGCCAUCAAAACAAAACAUUAUGCCCUCAGUGAAUACUAUCCUAGCAACCUACUUUUCUACUCUACCCUUACCUUUUGUGUCACUAUACCCCCUCCCUCUAGCAUGUAAGCUCAUUGAGCAGGGCCCUCAAUCCCUGUUGUUCCUGUUUGUCCAAAUUGUCUGGUUACAAAUACAUGUCUGUUAUUCCACCCAUUGUACAGCGUCAUGGAAUAUUGUUGGCAUUUUAGAUAUAAUAAUAAAAUUAAUAAUAAUAAUAAUAAUAAUAAUAAUAAUAUGUUUUAAAGAUUGCCAGUGGUACAUCACAUGGCAGCAUCUUCUUAAAUAAUUGAAACUUCUCCUUAGCGUUUAAAUCAAAAUUUGAAGGCGAUUGCUAUUUAUACAUGCUUUAAUUAUAGGUUAAAGGAGAUUGUCUUUUGUUCAGUAUGGGUGGCCUAUUGUAGUUUGCUCUGAACUUCAGCAAUAUUUUAAAGGAAGGAAUGAAGUUGUGCAUGACUCUGGCUGUCUUUUUUGGGGUUCAUGGGUAAUUUAGCUGCAAAUUAGUAUUUGAUAAAAAAGUUAGCCAUGAAGCAAAGAGCACAGAAAUAUGUUUGGUGGCCUCCAUUGAAUACUGAUAUCUCUUCUUUUGUAGCUGCUUGCAAUAUACAUGCACAGACUCAGUGGAUUCUGACCAGAGAUUACUCUAAGAUUUUGCAAUAGCUGACUGAACCUUAGACAAGAUUCAACCCUCUGUAGUCUAUGCAGGGGCGUAGGUCUCCCUCUUUUUUGGAUACAAAAAAGAAACCAGCCCCGGCCAGAGAGGAAGAACUACGUAUAAAACCCUUCACUAAUGAAUCUCUAACAUACUAAUCCUUGAUGGUAUUCUCCUGGGAAGACAAGGGAUAAAUCCUUCUUUUGUUUAUCCCUUGUCUUCCCAGGGACCAGGUAGGAGAUCUAUGGCACAAUCAUAAGGUGGUAAUCUGUCUGCCUCCCUCCUAUCAAACACCACCUUAAGGUGUAUGUAAGAGAAGGCUAUGUGUAGACAGUGGUGGAGUAGUAGGAACAUUAAUGUUAUGAACAGGUGUAAUCUUUUUUUUGCAUUUCUCCUGACACGUAUCACUCCAUGAUAAUAUUAUCUCCAGUAAAUAGUGGGGUUAUGCAGACAUAACCAAGGAUAACCUAGUACUACAGAGGAAAAAGGGGAGGUGAUUACCUGAAAACAUAACAUCUCUGUGUGUAACAGACCAGACCGCAUAGUCAACUGUUCUGUCUUAUGAUUGAUUCAUUGAUAAUAUAAAGGUCUACCAUCUAUGGCCUCAACGGCCAAAGGUGCCCUCUUCUUUCUUAUGGGUGGUAAGUGGGUCCUGACAAAGCCCCUGUCUAUAAAAUUAUUAGCUGCUCCAGAAUCUACCAGCGCUAAAAUGGGCCUCUGUCUAUACCAGGCUGGGUCUGAGGGGUGCAUACAACUUGGUACGCAUGGUACUUCAUGAGUGGAAAACUGCCUUUAACUCCAGAAGAGGGCAUUAUGAAUAUGCAGUCAUGCCUUUCGGCCUAUGCAAUGCACAUUUCUAAGGUUUUACAAACACUUCUCGACAAUGGUCUCUUUUGUAAACUAGAAAAGUGUUUGUUUGAUCUCUUGAAUUAUGUUAUCUCGGCUUCUGGAUUCAGCAUGGAUCCUAAGAAGUUUUCAGCUGUUGUUGAUUGGCCUCUGCCUUAGGGAUUAAAACCAAUCCAGAGGUUCAAAGGGUUUACCAACUAUUAUAGAAGGUUUAUAAAAAAUAUUUCUACCAUUAUAGCCCCUAUCACGAACCUCACUAAGAAGGCUGUGAACCACUAUGUUUGGCCCCCUGAGGCAAUGGAAGCCUUCGAGAACCUGAUAAUAGCGUUUGUUUCUGCUGCUGUCCUCAGACUUCCUGACGCUUCACUUCCUUUUGUAUUGGAAGUAGAUGCUUCUGAGGUAGGAGUAGAGGCUAUUCUUGACCAGCGCUUGUAGCCUUGAAGGAGUGGAGACAUCUCCUAGAAGGUGCAAAAGGUCUCAGUUGGCCAGGGUAGGUGCCACACCUUUUCCCCCUCAGUGGUACACAUUGGAACAAGCAAUAAGUGCACCACAUUCAAUAAAAGACCAAAUCACACACAGUACCCAUGUAACGUCAAAAUGUUGGCUAUAACGAAAUUGUCAUUAUUAUUAUGGCAUAAAUGGGUUCUAAAAAUGGUAUAAUUACCGAUAGGUAUGUAUGCCACUUUGCAGAGUUUGCAAUACCACAAACGUGAACUGUCUCUAGGGAAUUGGAGCCAGAGCGGUAUACAGUUGCAAGAAAAAGUAUGUGAACCCUUUGGAAUGAUAUGGAUUCCUGCACAAAUUGGUCAUGUGAUCUGAUCAUCAUCUAAGUCACAACAAUAAAUAAUCACAGUCUGCUUAAACUAAUAACACACAAAGAAUGAAAUGUUGCCAUGUUUUUAUUCAACACACCAUGUAAACAUUCACAGUGCAGGUGGAAAAAGUAUGUGAAACCCUAGACUAAUGACAUCUCCAAGAGCUAAUUUGAGUGAGAUGUCAGCCAACUGGAGUCCAAUCAAUGAGAUGAGAUUGGAGGUGUUGGUUACAGCUGCCAUGCCCUAUAAAAAACACACACCAGUUCUGGGUUUGCUUUUCACAAGAAGUAUUGCCUGAUGUGAAUGAUGCCUCGCACAGAAGAGCUCUCAGAAGACCUACGAUUAAGAAUUGUUGACUUGCAUAAAGCUGGAAAGGGUUAUAAAAGUAUGUCCAAAAGCCUUGCUGUUCAUCAGUCCACGGUGUUACAAACUGCCAUUUGUAACUGUUAUUUUAUUUGACAAAUUGUCCUGCUUCCCUGUGUUAUGGAGAAGCCUAAUUGCCAGCCUUCUACCCCAUGACUAUGGACCUAGUGUGUAUGGCGAUUUGACUGUAUUUGUGGGAUCUGAGCGCUGUUUGGAUAUAUUGAGCGCUCAGAUCCAAGCCAUCUGGGGAUAGGUUGAAUGUGGGGGUUCUGUUCAGUUCAAUAGGAGUUAUGUAUUUUUGUGUCUUUUUGUGUCUUUUGCUAACAUGUGGUUAAUGGAGUCUGCCUCUAUCCCUGGAUAAUUGGAUUACUUUCCCCAUUGUCCAGGAUAGAGGCCUCUGUAAAACCGGUUUGGGCCAGAAAACCAUGCUGCCAGCCAGGCCCCAAAAGACACUUUUGCUAACUUUUGAACCCCUUGUCUGAUUUGUGCCAUUUUUAAUAUGUUGCUCCCCUUAAUGGAUUGAUUCCAAAUAUGUAAUUUUUAUGAAGAUUGGAUGUGUAGUUUGGAAGUUAUAGUACAUGUAUAAAAACUGUAUUUUUACUGCCUGUGUUUAAUUAUGUUAACCCAUUGUGUGCCAUAAUUAGAUCACAGGCAGAGGGGAGGAUUUUUGUGUGUAAUUGCUGGGAGUGUUUCUGUAAUGUACGUUUAUGAUUGGUUAUUCUGUAAACCCCUGUGGGUGGUCCUAUCUCAGGGAAACCUGCAUAAAAGAAGGCCCUUUGGUGCCAAGUAAACAGAUCUUCUUGACCCUCAAUACGUAGCCUUGUCUCGUUAUUGGAGGGAACUGCUAUAUCACACUGGGGAUUGCUAUGCUCUGCAUACUCCCCUGAGCUUUUAAUCACUUAGCUCUUUUAAGAGCUGUUCCUGUUACGCUCUCCUGGAGGAGAGGUCUUCCCCACACGGUCCUGGAGGACAGUAGCUGAUCCAGGGUGGAAGGAAGACGGCGAGACUCCAGUUAAGCUACAGCGGUUGUGGAGUCUGCGGUGGUUGUGGUGUCUGCUGCAGUGUUUGGAGUCCUCAGGAAGCGCUAGGAGCAUCCAUCAACGGAGGGUACUCAGUCGGAGUACAGGGAGCUCCGUUACAUUGGUGGCAGCGGUGGGAUGGCGUCCUAGUGCGAGGAGAAGCAGCUCGGAGACACUGGUAUCGUAUGAGAGGUUAUUGAGGGCAACGCUAGCCACUGUGCAGCGUCCCUAACUACAGCAGCAUGGAGCAGGGAUGGAUAGAGCCCUGCGAAGAGCACCUCAACAUGAUACGUCGCUACGAGGACGACGCUUACAUUGAGGAGGUAAAGAGGCGGUUGGUCUGCUAUGGCCCAGACCUUUCGAACGAGGUGGUCCACCAAGUAAUGCGCCAGUUGAGUGCUGAGAACAGUGCGGCAAUGGCCUUUGAGCGACAACUGUGGAGGUUGAGGAUAUGGACACCUAGUCUCCAGCGGCAGUGCAAGUUACAGGGAGCCGAAGGUGUCGUCCUUCCUCCCCAGCGGCAGUGCAAGUUACAGGGAGCCGAAGGUGUCGUCCUUCCUCCCCAGCAGCAGUGUGAAUUACAGGGAGCCGAAGGUGUCCUUCCUCCCCAGCGGCAGUGUGAAUUCCAGGGGGCCGAAGGUGUCGUCCUUCCCCCCCAGCAGCAGUGUGUCCUACAGGGAGCAGAGACAGUUGGUCUCUCUCUCCAGCAGCAGGACAAUGUUAUGGGAGUGGAGACAGGCGGUCUCCCUCUCCAGCGGCAGCCUGUGUUUCAGGGAGAGGAGCACAGCACCCUAUCUCCCCAGCGGCAGCUUACCCUACCAAGGGGAGACACCAAUCUCCCAGAUGGCGCAGAGGGGACCGUGGUCUCUGUGCCCGACCUGCAGGGAUGCUGGACAGCCUGUCCAGAUCCCCAACUACCCUCACAGGGACAACAGGAGGAGGGGGUAAGUACGAAUUCCCCUCCCCAGCUAACUCCUAACUUGGCCCCAGGGUUAACAGUGGAGAUGUUAACCCCCACUGACCCCCACGUUCCCCUGGCUACUGAGCCGGACUAUGUCCCAAGCCCCCCAGCGGAAGAGCUGGCAGCUGGGCAGAGUGCAGUCGGCCUCUGCCCUCCCUUUGUCCCUUGUCCAGAGCCUGAUGUCCUGCAGGCUAUACCAGCGGAAGAUCUGGCAGCUGGGCAGAGUGCAGUCGGCCUCUGCCCUCCCUGUGUCCCUUGUACAGAGCGUGACAUUCUGCCGGCUACCCCAGCGGAAGAGCUGACAUCAGGGCAGAGCGCCGCUGGCCUCUGCCCUACCGACCCCCUUGUUACAGGACUGGUCUGCAACCCCCUCUCCCCAGCAGAAGUGCGGGCAUCAGGGCAGAGCGCCGCUGGCCUCUGCCCCCCAAGUACCACCAGCUAUUUGCCCAGCUGCACCAGGAAGGCAGAGGAUGCUGCAUUUUCAUCCUACACCUGGAACCUACAGGCCAGUACUGUUUAUUGUGGGGGCUACUUUGCUACUUGUUAUUUGUGGGUGGGCUGCGAGACUAACUUAGGCACUGACCGACAGGAGGUCAGGUGCCUGGUUAGUCUCCCUCCAAAAGGGGAGAUAUGUUACAAACUGCCAUUUGUAACUGUUAUUUUAUUUGACAAAUUGCCCUGCUUCCCUGUGUUAUGGAGAAGCCUAAUUGCCAGCCUUCUGCCCCAUGACUAUGGACCUAGUGUGUAUGGCGAUUUGACUGUAUUUGUGGGAUCUGAGCGCUGUUUGGAUAUAUUGAGCGCUCAGAUCCAAGCCAUCUGGGGAUAGGUUGAAUGUGGGGGUUCUGUUCAGUUCAAUAGGAGUUAUGUAUUUUUGUGUCUUUUGCUAACAUGUGGUUAAUGGAGUCUGCCUCUAUCCCUGGAUAAUUGGAUUACUUUCCCCAUUGUCCAGGAUAGAGGCCUCUGUAAAACCGGUUUGGGCCAGAAAACCAUGCUGCCAGCCAGGCCCCAAAAGACACUUUUGCUAACUUUUGAACCCCUUGUCUGAUUUGUGCCAUUUUUUAAUAUGUUGCUCCCCUUAAUGGAUUGAUUCCAAAUAUGUAAUUUUUAUGAAGAUUGGAUGUGUAGUUUGGAAGUUAUAGUACAUGUAUAAAAACUGUAUUUUUACUGCCUGUGUUUAAUUAUGUUAACCCAUUGUGUGCCAUAAUUAGAUCACAGGCAGAGGGGAGGAUUUUUGUGUGUAAUUGCUGGGAGUGUUUCUGUAAUGUACGUUUAUGAUUGGUUAUUCUGUAAACCCCUGUGGGUGGUCCUAUCUCAGGGAAACCUGCAUAAAAGAAGGCCCUUUGGUGCCAAGUAAACAGAUCUUCUUGACCCUCAAUACGUAGCCUUGUCUCGUUAUUGGAGGGAACUGCUAUAUCACACUGGGGAUUGCUAUGCUCUGCAUACUCCCCUGAGCUUUUAAUCACUUAGCUCUUUUAAGAGCUGUUCCUGUUACGCUCUCCUGGAGGAGAGGUCUUCCCCACACGGUCCUGGAGGACAGAAGCUGAUCCAGGGUGGAAGGAAGACGGCGAAACUCCAGUUAAGCUACGGCGGUUGUGGAGUCUGCGGUGGUUGUGGUGUCUGCUGCAGUGUUUGGAGUCCUCAGGAAGCGCUUGGAGCAUCCAUCAACGGAGGGUACUCAGUCGGAGUACAGGGAGCUCCGUUACACACGGUAAGACAAAUUGUCUAUAAAUGGAGAAAGUUCAGCACUGCUGCUACUCUCCCUAGGAGUGGACGUCCUGUAAAGAUGACUGCAAGAGCACAGCGCAGACUGCUCAAUGAGGUGAUGAAGAAUCCUAGAGUGUCAGCUAAAGACUUACAAAAGUCACUGGCAAAUGCUAACAUCCCUGUUAGCAAAUCUACAAUACAUAAAACACUAAACAAGAAUGGAUUUCAUGGGAGGAUACCACAGAGGAAGCCACUGCUGUCCAGACAAAACAUUGCUGCACGUUUACAGUUUGCACAAGAGCACCUGGCAAAAUAUUCUGUGGACAGAUGAAACCAAAGUUGAGUUGUUUGGAAGAAACAUACAACACUAUGUGUGGCGAAAAAAAGGCACACCAACAUCAAAACCUCAUCCUAACUGUGAAGUAUUGUGGUAGGGGCAUCAUUGUUUGGGGCUGCUUUGCUGCGUCAGGGCCUGGAUGGAUUGCUAUCAUGGAAGGAAAAAUUAAUUCCCAAGUUUAUCAAGACAUUUUGCAGGAGAACUUAAGGCCAUCUGUCUACCAGCUGAAGCUCAACAGAAGAUGGGUGUUGCAACAGGACAAUGACCCAAAGCAUAGUAAAUGUAAAAUUAAAUCAACAACAGAAUGGCUUAAACAGUAGAAAAUAUGCCUUCUGAAGUGGCCCAGUCAGAGUCCUGACCUCAACCCGAUUGAGAUGCUGGGGCAUGACCUCAAGAAAGCGAUUCACACCAGACAUCCCAAGAAUAUUGCUGAACUGAAACAGUUCUGUAAAGAGGAAUGGUCAAGAAUUACUCCAGCCCAUUGUGCACGUCUGAUCUGCAACUACAGGAAACAUUUGGUUGAAGUUAUUGCUGCCAAAGGAGGUUCAACCAGUUAUUAAAUCCAAGGGUUCACAUACUUUUUCCACCUGCACUGUGAAUGUUUACAUGAGGUGUUCAAUAAAAACAUGGCAACAUUUCAUUCUUUGUGUGCUAUUAAUUUAAGAAGACUGUGAUUGUCUAUUGUUGUGACUUAGAUGAUGAUCAGAUCACAUUUUAUGACCAAUUUGUGCAGAAAUCCAUAUCAUUCCAAAGGGUUUACAUACUUUUUCUUGCAACUGUAAAAAGAGUAAUACAAAUACUAGGAUCCAACAAUUUUCAGACCUGCAUGUUACAGUUGCCCCAGGCUAGCUGAGGUUUGGACCAUAGAAGGAUGAUCCUAGCGCUCACCAAGGACCAUCAGCUCUGCACCGGACACUAUAACCACCGCAGACCCCACGAACCGCCGCAGCUUGGUUAGGGUCUUGCUGUCUCCUACCCACCCUGGACCUUCGACAAGGCUCCAGGUUCCAGUGGGUGAACCUCUCUUCCUCUCAGAGAGCGAAGCAGGAACAGGAACAAGCUCUUAUAAGAGCUCAGUGAAUCUAAGGGAGUAUGAAGAGCAUAGCAAUCCUUAUGUUACAAAAAGAUAUUGACAGUUAGCCGACCUCUUAAAUUCGGUUACACAGAAAAGUGGGAAAAAGAACUUGGUAGUAAGAUAGAACCAAGCAUAUAGCUGUCCCCUCCAAACACGAGUUGAGGCUGCGAAUGGAGGGUCAAGUAGAAUUGCUUUAAUCAGCACAAAAGCAUUUCUUAUAUACAGUUUUCCCCGCAAGGUUACCACCCACGUGGACCUUGUGGAGUCACAACAGCCAAUCAAAGCAGUAUUGUACAGUUAGAUACUCCCAGCUAAUGUACACAAACCCUCCCCUUUGCCUGUGAUACAAUUAACAAAGACAAUGGACUAACUCCGUUACCACAGGCAGAAAAUAUCCAGUUUUACCCAAAGUCCAGAAACACCCCAAAACAACAACAUAUCCUACAUCCCUGGAUAGCCCUGAUCUGGGUGAACAACAUAUCCAAAAAUCAUCCAGUUCAGAGCAGGGGUUCAAAAGUUUUAUGGAAGUCACAUUUGACUAACCGCAAGCAUGGCUUUCAUGCCCAAAAUAGUUCCACAGAUUUAGGCUGUGCGGCCGGUCUAUCUUCUCCUCUGUUCUGCAGAUAAUUGGCUUAAGUAGUUUUGGUAAGCCAAUUAUCUCCAGGUACAGGAAAUAUCUCUAAGUCCAAAAACUGUUACAAAAACCACAUAAAAAUACAUAACUCUUAAAAUACAAUGUUUAACCUAUAUGUCCAACAUAUUCCCAGAUAGCUUGGAUCUGAGCGCUUCAAUAUGUCCAAUGUUAAAAGUGCCCUAUAGUACAAGGAAGGGUGGGGUCAGACAAAAGCAAGGGCUGAUGAGAGAUUGAGGAGGGACAAAGCAGCCAGUUUCAACUGGUCUGGUAGUGUCCCUGGGACAACGACCUGCUGGAGAACAAUAGGACAGGAAAAACGGGUAGGGGAAGAGGCACAUUUCCCAUGGAAGUGACUUUUUAGCAUGUCUUUUUGCAGGGCCCAUACUCUUGGGGCAGGAGGCUGGCAAUCAGGCCCCUCUAGAAGCCAGUGGCGAAGGGUAGUUCGUCACACUGCUGUCUACUUAUGCAUUGCCAAGCAAAGAAUUGUUUACAUACCUUCGAAUAAAACAUAUUCGAAAAGAAGGAUAAAUUUGCAGGAGUGGAGUUAAAUAAGCUUCAGGAUAUUGAUAAAUUGUGUCUAGGAGUUGGUGUUUUAACGAGGCACUUGUCCUUAUGUUACAAAAAGAUAUUGACAGUUAGCCGACCUCUUAAAUUCGGUUACACAGAAAAGUGGGAAAAAGAACUUGGUAGUAAGAUAGAACCAAGCAUAUGGUAUGCGGUAAUGGUGGGGGGUGCAAAUGGCCACCCAUUGUUUAGACCAUAUCGACUCAGCCUAUAAAUUGUGGAUGAGGUGGUAUCUUACGCCUCAAUGCCUAGCCCAUAUUUACCCUGGAGUUCCCCCUAUUUGCUGGCGAUGUGGUAAGGAGAUAGGCACUUUAAUUCAUACCUUUUGGCAAUGCCUAGUUUUAACAAACUUUCGGCAGCAGGUACAGGCGUUUAUAAUACACGCUACGUCUUUAUCGCUUCCUCUUCGUCCAGAGAUUUAUUUGCUACAUAUGAUUCCCAAUACUUUCCCGAAGCACGCUGUUACGUUAGCUGUGCAUGUGCAAUUGGCAGCAAAGACUUGCAUAGCAGGACUUUGGAAAUCACAGAGUAAACCUGAUAUCAUGUUAGUUACAGACAAAAUAAACCGAACAAAAAAAUAUGAGGAAAUGGCACAUAAAAUCAUGGGUAUGUUGGAUAAAUUUAACCGAACAUGGGGACAGUGGCACGAUUAA